CAAUUUGAGGUCCUUCUGCGUUGCGUGGUGCAACAUGUGUUGGAUAAUUCCAGAAGGGAACUCGCAGUCGACUCGCUGCUGUAGACCUGCUGGACAGCUGCUCUUCUUAUUGCCGUGACACACCACCUGGAAAAAAACAGACAUCAAUUAACAUUUCAGAGGUCUCGUUUGCUGUGAAAGUGACGGAAAUUUAUAUUCGACAUUUAACUCCUGUGGACGGUUUUUGAGUUUUGUUCGCCUGUAGAACGAGCUGCCAAGAUGUUGAGUAUCGCAAGAAGCGUUUCAAGGACUCUGCCGACCAGAAGCUGUACACGAAAUGUGUCCUCCUUGGUUAAGAAGGUAAGCUUCGAAUUUACCAGAUUAUUUUUAUUCUAAAGAGGCACAUGUAGAGAUUUGGGUGGGUGACUUAUCAAGUAAGCGGGUGUUUUGUCGAGUUGUGCUACCCUGUCGGAAAGUGCACCCGUGUAGGUUUCUCGUCCCAGCUGUGCACAUCACGGAAAGUCAUUACUUUUAACAAGGUUUUGAAGUAUUGAUUCGCGUUGUUGUUUUACUGUAGACGAGGUGUGGCGGACUGUGGUACGAGGAGAUAUUUUUGAGAUCCUAUUAAACAUACAUUUUUUAAGAGUGAAGGGAUAGCGUCCUUCUUUAGAACAAUAUCAUGGCGAUAUUGCCAGGGCUGAAACAAGUUAUUGCAUCGAUAUCCUCUUCGUUAACAUUUUGGAAAAUGGGGUGAUACUACACGCUUCGAUAAGGAACCCAAUUAAAGUUUCAAAGAGAGAUAUCUACAUUUGCGGUCACCACUUUGACUGUGCGCAAGCGCAGAAGCAACCCAAGCCGGUUCUCGUUAGGUAGCACUACUUGAUAGAACGUCGUCCUGCUAAUUGUGCUAACAGUUGUAGCAAGGCUGUCUUGAGCUAAUGUCAUGACAGUCGAAAUGUCAGGUGAGGGUGGCUCUGUUUGGCUCCGUUUAACUUCAGAGGAGCUCUAUUGCUUUUUUUUAUUGUCGCUGAAAACACGACACCGAAUUUUAAACCCCGACAUGAUACGAGGUACUACAUACUACACUAAAAGCCAUUUUGCUAGCUUGUGAAGUAUCUGGAUAAAAACUAAAGGCCUUAAUGUGUAAAUGAAGGCUGCGUGAGUUUAUAGUGUUUGGAGUAGUGUGUUUGUUUUGAGAGGUAUGCUCACUUGUUAAAAAGCUGACCCGGUUGUCUAUCUUAGUGACCUUCAAUGAGUCUGCCCCCCCCCCAACAUGCUGCAAAUACUCUCACAUCUUGUCCCCAAAAUUAAACAAUAUUGUUAUAACCUCGUAAUCAAGAAUUUAUUUACUGGAUUUCAGUUUCAGUUUCCGUUUGUAACUUUCCCACAAUUUUGGAUAUAAAGCACUAUGACAACAUAUUAGCUGUAUCUUUUUGUUUGAUGACUUAGUAGUCCACCCAACUAGCAUAAAUAAGAUUUUAAGCUGUAUGAUCAUGCUUUAAAGAAGGCAGUAUUUUCUCAUUAGAAUGAUAUUGACUGAUAUCAUUGAUUUUAUCAAUUCAUAUGGUAUAACUUUUUGAUGUGGUUACAGACACGUCAGAGCGGCUUCCAACCAGAUGCUCUCAGAGCUCUGUCCAGGAGGGAAUAUGCGUAAGUAUCUGCACCAUCUAUAUGACCUGUUAAUAAUGCAGUAUGGAAAUUUGGAUUAGUAACAAUGGUGAUCAACAGUGUGAGAAGUGUGUGAUGAGCAGUAUUAAAGCUGAAAGUUGUAGUUUUUAACAGAGUGUCAAAGGGUAAAAUAGAGGUAAAACUCAUGUGAUGAAUGAAGUUUAACAGUAAAAGGAGGCUGUUGUCAGACAAUCGUUAGCCCUUUAGACCAAAUUUAUAGAACAGCUUAUAACAUUGUAAAUUGUUGCUGAUUUUCUCACUUUACAUCUAAGAUGUCUAAGAAAGUGUACUGAGAAGGCUGCUGCCAGCUGUGUUUUUUGUUUUAAAAGAAAAUUUUGCAUUUUUCUAAAUUAUCAUACAGGAUUUGAUGCUUUGCCAUAUAGUCAUUUUUCAUUGUGGAAACUUCUUUAUCAGUUUAUUACAAAGAAAACAAUAUAAAACAUAUUCUGCAUGAUAUUUUAAAAUAUAUAUAUAAGAUACAUUUUCUGUAUGCAUCAUUUAUCAUAGAUGCCACAAUCAGCUUGAUAGUCCCAUACAACCUCAUCAGGGCUGUGCGUUAACUUUUUUUGUCCAUAGUGCUGGCGCUACAGAGGUUGACAAUCUUGUACCAUAAGACAAAAACUUGUAGCACAAUAUAUGACAUGUCUACCUAAAGAAACAGGUUGUGUGACUAGCAAAGGACACGUUGUACAUAUUUCAUACAUUAAAUAAAAUCCAAACUUAAGUGUUUUCAGAAACAUUUUCUUUAACUAUUUGAAACAAUAAAUGUAUUACAGUGAUGUAAAAUAUGAUUUUCACUUAAUAAGAGGAAAAGAUGAAUAUGCAUGUUAGAAAGAAUCAAACUGAGUUGCAGCCAGUUUGAAACUAAACUAAAACUCUCCUCACCUCAUCUACUAAUUCAAAUUAAUCAGCUAAACCAGCUUGAUGUUGAGCUAAAAUGCAAAUAUUUAUAUAUGAAAAAUAAUAAUAUUAAUAAAAAGAACUGGUCUGAAAAGUAAAAACAAGAGGUGUGCCUCAUGCAGCCAGUAAAAUUGUGAUCUCACACUGAUUUUGAGUCAGUUGAUCACAUUACCUGGAAGCUGCAUGAGACAUACCUAUUACAUCUCUAAUCUGUUCAUAAUUGUUAUUAAUUUUAUAUCUUUUUUUAUUUUUGUUAAUUUUUAAAAAUAAAUAUUAGCAGUUUAGCUCAAUAGCUUUCAGGUCAUUUGAUCAACAGCCUCAACGUCAGUGUGGGGUCAUAGUAGUCUACUGGCUACAUAAGACACACCUCUUGUUUUUAUACUUCAAAUUUUUCAUAUAUAAGGACGCAUUUCCCCUGAGAAUGUCUGUAGAAUUUUCAACUUUAAGCCAACUUCACCCUGGUGUCCUUUACUAUAGUUAGGGAUGAAAAAGCUGAGGAGUCAGCAAUUACACACCCAGCCUUGUAGGUACAGCUCUCAGUUAGGAUGCAGUCGUUUUUCUUAUUCACAAUGAUCCAUACUUUAUCUCUGUCCUCUUUCUUGUCUUGACGAGGCAGCACCUCAGUCUUACAAGCCACAAAGUUUUCUGUGUUGUAAUCAUGUAAUAAUCUUGGGCAUGAUUGUGUGUGGCUGUAGCCACCCAGUAUCUGGUAGGAUUUCAGCCUCUCCCGGGAAUAGAGACUUGGUGUCCCGGUCAGGUACGAAUGGAUGUCUGCCCACUAAAGUCUGGGUCCUUUUUGCUUGGCGUUUAUCCACUCACCUGCAUCUAACGCGUAUGGGUCAUUAAGAUCCCAUUCACUAAUGUCAAUUUUGCAGCAUAACUUAUUUUAUCGCUGGGGGAUAAACUGCCGUAGUAAGCUGCCAACAUCCCUAGCUAACAUCGCAACUGCAAGAUAACUUAAGAUAACUGUGACAGCUGCAGUUACAUUGCUCGCAUCCACUAUGUUGAUAAAUGAUCCCUCUAUUGUUUCUCUCCUCUUACCUCACAAUUCGCGCGUCUGACUUGCUACAAGUGCUGGAUCAGUGAAGGACUUCAGGGAAUUGGUGUGCAGUGUGUAGUAGUGCUGGACGAUAAUUCGAUAACAAUAUAUAUCGAUCGAUAGACGUGUGGUGCGAUAGAAAAAAAAACGGGUCGAUAAAAAGUUCGAUAGAAAAACACAGUUUCCCUUUCUUUUUCAUCAUAGCCUAUCAUGUAGCUUUUACUACAGUCAUUACUUCCUCCCAACCAAUCACAAACGCAGACCCAGGUACGCUACGGCACCAAGCCCAGCCCCUAUCAAACCACAACAGACAGCACGUGUAUUAGAAAAAAUGAUACAGCAAGGAGAAGCGGAGGAAAUUGUCCCGAAAAAAGGUUUCAGUUGUUCUCCAGCAUGGCAAUGUUUUGGUUUUGGAAAUACGUUCCGGUGUAGCUUCUUAAAGUGGAAGAAAAUGAGCUCAUAUUUUACAAAGACGCGAGUAUUUGGAUCAUGGCUACUAGCAGGGGGGGCAUUCGGCAGGGGUGCAUUCUACGACACAACACCGGCGUGGAUAAGUCCUGCAUCACGUGCUUAGUUUGUGUAUUAAGUCAAUCACAUGAUAAUUUAAAAAAAAUAAAUCUCCCGACCCCGGGAGAAAUAUUUCAGUGUUCAGACACCAGGCUGUGGGCAGUUUCCCACACAGUUAAAACUGGUAGUAUGCUAUUCCCACCUAAAGCUAUUCUGUUUAUUUAUAUAUUUGUUUGUUUUGUUUAUUUUCAUCAAAAGACUAUUUAAGUAUUUAUUUAUCAGAUUUUCUGGUCACUUUAGUCUUUAUGUUUGUCAGUAUUUACUGACGUCACUCAGGCCACUUAAGUUGAUUUCUUUUUUUUUUUAAGUUCUUUUUUAAAAAACUUUUAGUUGUGGUAAAAUAAAAAAGGUGGUUGAAUAAAGGUUUGAAUUUGAAUUCAGUGCUUGUGUGUUCUUUAUUAAAAGUAGGUCAUUAAGCAAUAGCAUAAAACAUCCAGGGCUGCAAUUAAAAUAUAUGUUAAAUAAUUAUAAUAAUUAUAUCGAUAAUUAUCGAUAUCGAUCAAUAUGAUUUAUUUUUUAUCGAUAUGCUUUUUUUCUAUAUCGUCCAGGCCUAGUGUGUAGUCUUUAGCCAGGCAAAGAUCUCAAUUAUAAACUACAACUACCAAACUAAAUUUGAGUAAGUAAGGCACACACCUAUAAACACACGAAUGUAUGCGGCUCGCUGGCUCUUACUGCACCAGUGCUAUGAGACAAAAAAAAUUGUAGCACAGGAUGAUUUUCUUGUACCAUUUGUGAAUUAAAUGUCGCACUGUACAGCCCUGCUCAUCCUUGGCAUAGAGAACUUUUGUUUGUCCUGAUUAAUUCAGGUAUUUUUUAGGUUGAUAUCAACGUCUCUGUUGUUUUCAUCGAGAUCAAUCCUAUCGAACUAACACAAGAUGCGUAAAGUAAUAUAAAUAAUUAUACAUGUCUAUUUUGUGUGUUACAGGUCAGAGGCUGUCAAGGGCGCUGUCAUAGGCAUCGACCUGGGAACCACAAACUCAUGUGUCGCAGUCAUGGAGGGCAAACAGGCUAAGGUGAGAAUGAAACAUACACUGUAGUGAACACAGACAGUCUCCGUGGUGUCACUUAAAGUGCUACCUGUUUACCUCAGAAGUUUGACAUUAGAGCUGAGAUGAUAACAGCCAAGUUGACUGAGUCACUGCUACCAGAAAUGUGGUUCCUUCUGGUGGCAUUUUCUGUUUAUACAAGCUAAUAAGAUAAGAUAUUUCUUUAUGAGUCUCACAAGGGGAAAUUCCAGAUUUACAGCAGUAAUAAAUACAACAGAGAGAUUAAAGAAACAAGAAAUUUAGGUGUUAAAAAAUAUAAAAAGAUACAUACAUGAGUGUUAUUUACAGCUGUUAUGUACAUGUUGAUUAUAUACAUGUGAUAUUAAUUAAUAAUGACUAACUAUGUCAAAUCAAAUCAAAUUUUAUUUAUAUAGCGCCAAUUCACAACAGUUGUCAUCUCAAGAUGCUUUUCAAAGAACAAGAGCAGGUCUAGACCACGCUCAUUGUUUGAUGAACAAGAACCAACCUAAGAUGGGUUUUGGCCCAUCUCAACUAACACGAGUAGCAGUGGCAAGGAAAAGCGUCCUUUUAACAGUCAGAAACCUUGGGCAGGACCCGACUCAUGCCAGACAGCCACCAUGCCGCUGCUGGGUUGGGGAGGAAUGUAGAGAGAUGGAGGGAGAGAGAAGAGGGGAGAGGGCAGGGAGAGAGAAAGAGAACAAGAUAAGGGGAAGGAGAGAGAGAAUGAGUAAGGAGAGGGAGGGGGAGGGAGAAAGAGUCGAGAAUGAGGGUGAGAGAGAGAUAGGUGACAGCAGAAACAACACCAACAACAACAGCUCAUGUAAUGGUGAAACAAAAUGAGUUCAGUUUACAGGGUUAGGGUAUGAGUGAUUAUGGACAAUGUUAAAUAAAUUAAAUGUGACUACAGUCAGCAGGCCUCAUCGUAGUCAGCUCUAGUUAUAUGUUAUUAAUGACUAUGUGUUUUGUGGACAGAAGCAACAUGACAUCAUGUUCAUAUACAGAACUCAUAACCAAACUAUUGAAGUAAUUACACAAAAUAAGAGCAAGUUGUCAGUAAACACAAGAGUAGAACUUUGUUAUUGUUGAUGAAUGGGGCAGACCUCUUUGAUUUCUGAGUAGGAAUUGCAACUCAAGGGUUCAAGAUAAUGUGUCCCUUGGGUAUCUUGAAAUUGCUGACUGUGUAAAUAACAUCUCCUGCCCCGAUAAUUAGCUUCUAUCUAAAUGGGAUGAGACCAUACAUGAGAGGACUCUGCAAACACUGACCUGAGUGAGACAAGCACUGGCCUUCACAUGUUGCCAUUUAACUGAUUAGUACUUGUGCAAACACACAAAGAGACAUAAUUUUCAAGCCAUAGAAAUAAUAAUGCAUCCGAUUUUAUAUAGCGCUUUAUCAGUGAUUGUCAAAGCACUUUACAUUGGAUAUAUUAAGGCGAACAACAUUGGAAAAAACUAACAUUGCAGUUUUUUUCCCUGCGAUAUAUAAUGCGAUAUUGAAAAUGCAGGAAUUUUCACCAGAUGAUAGGCCUGCAUGAUAUAUCGUUUAAGCAUCGUCAUCGCGAUGUACGUGUGUGCGAUAGUCACAUCGCAGAGCCUGUGUUGUCGGCGUUGAAUGAACUCAGUUAAUUUCAAGGGUAGCUGACUGAGAUGCACUGCAUGUGCUGUGCAGCGAUCCACCAAUCACCUUCAUCCUUUUCUCAGUUGCCAAUCAGACUCAGUUCUCAGUUGCCAAUCAGACUACCCUGCCAGCUGUCAAUCAAAAUCAGAGUGGAGGAAACCACACCCCUGCACAUGUUCUGCACAUGGAGUGAGUCACUGGCUGCUGGUGUUGAGCCGAGAAACGCCUGUCCACUGAAAAUUACUUUCGGAACUUUACUCAUGACUGUUAAGCCCAAUAAAUAAGAAUUGCAUGGGUUUUAAAAUGUAUAUUUCCGUGGACCACUCUACUAUAAGCGGUGCGCGUUUUGCAAGAUGCGUGCAAUUCUCGGAGGACAUGCGUUUCUCGGCACAACACCACCAACAACAACAACAACGAUUGCAAAAUGAGCAAGAAACAAGAGAAAACCACUGAAAAUGAAGAUUUUUUGCCAAAAAAGGAAAGGAAAGUCAGUUCUCUGGAAUUAUUUCGGUUAAAAGAAGGAUGAUGUCGACCAAAACACGUGUUCUGUGAUCAUCUGUCGCCACAAUAACAUCCCAGCACAAUAAAAGCUAAAAAUAUCCCUGAGACAGACAGAAGCCGUUCUAGUAACAUUCACAAAAAGAGGUAAGAUCAGUGCAGGGUAACUGUCCUCAAGACUUCAGUGGUGCAGCAUAACAUUAAAUGCUAUUCAGGUCAUCUGUUGAAAAUUCCUGUAUUUUUUAAUAUCGCAGUAUAUAUCGCAGGGUUGAAAAAAAUUGCAAUAUUAGUUUUUUCCAAUAUCGUGCAGCCUUGCCAGAUGACCUAAAUGGCACUUUAUGCUAUGCUGCACUGCUGAAAUCUUCUGGAUUUCAGCAGUGUUAUGACCAGAAACGAUUGCAUGCACCUCGCAAAACGCUCACUGCUCAUAGUAGAGUGGUCCACGGAAUUGUACAAUUUAAAACCCAUACAAUUCUAAUUUGUGGGGCUAAACAGUGAUAAGUAAUGUUCCGAAAGUAAUUCUCAGUGGACACACGUUUUCGGCACAACAUGGCAGUGCCAGCAACUCACUCCUUGUGAAGGCCAUGUGCAGGGGGUGGUUUCCACCGCUCUGAUUUUGAUUGGCAGGGUAGUCUAAUUGGCUACUGAGUAAAGAACCAAUGUGAUUGGUGGAUUGCUGCUCAGCACAUGAAGAGUCACAUGCAGUGUAUCUCAGUCAGCUUCCCUUGAAAUGUAAUGUUACCUAGAACGGCACCGUGAGGAGGGCGACGUGCUGGAGCUCAGCAAACUAGCUAGCUAGCCAGGCUGUGCUGUCAGUCUGUGCUCUUAGGUUUAAGUAGCAGACAGUUUUAACAGUUUAGCUUAGUUUUUAGUUGAUUUAGUUACGAGUUUUUUUAGUUACCAGUUUUAGGAUUGGAUUUUGUAUCCAGAUCGGCAGUAGGAUUGCACCUACAAACGGCACUAAUGGCACUAAAACUGGCUGCUCACCUGGCACCGAACGGAUUGCCUACAGCAAACAAACGCUUCAAUCAGAGCAGCAUGUCUGACUGACCACGGCUCUCCGCCGUCACACCGAGCCAUGCCAUCGCGCCCAUGGGCUUUUCUGUCUACCGCGCGAAUCGGGGCACAGAGCUCUCGGGGAAGAAAGCAGGUGGAGGUGUGUGUCUCAUAGUGAACCGGGCCUGGUGUCAUGAGCGUAACAUCUCAACUGUUGACACAGUGUGUUCCCCAAAUCUGGAGUGUCUCCUGCUGCAGUGUCAUCCUGUAUGGCUCCCCCAUGAAUUUACAUCUGUCACGAUAGCCGCUGUUUACAUUCCACCACAGGCAAACAAGGAGGCAGCGCUCAAGGAACUCCACUGCUUGAUCAGCAAGCGAGAGACAGCACAGCCGUACACGGCGCUGGUCAUAGCCGGGGAUUUUAACCAUGCAAACUACACUAAACUAAUACCCCAAUUACACCAACAUAUCACUUUUAAGAUGCGAGGAAAUAACACACUGGACCACUGUCACACCCUCUUAGUGGGGCGGAUAAUAGCAUAUUACAGGAGAAUCGUUCACUUGCGGAUAAAAGCACCAAAAUUGGCACACAUACUCCUUGGGAGUUGCUCUUUUGAUAUUUCCGUCUGGCCGAAUGAAAAUUUAAGAUGGCAGCCAUUUUUCAAGAUGGCCACAUUGAAAAUACACUAAUAUUGCAUUUUGCAACAAAAUCCCAUAGACCUGUCCCAUUUGGAUGAUCUUGGUGUCAAAUCAUACAUUUUCCACUAUGCAGAAUCCAAAUUUGGACCCAUGGACUUACUUACUGGCUUCCUUGUACCAUAUUUCAGUCCCGGAAUCCUAAUAUUCUGGUAUUUAUGAGGUUUACAUUAUGUCCGACUUGGGAAAAAUGGUUGGUAACCUAUAUCUUAGUGUUGUAAGAGGUUUAGUGAGUGAGUGAGAGAGAGAGAGAGAGGGAGCUGUUCAGCUUUCUGGCUGAUCAGAUAGAAUGUGUGGCCUCACCAAAUGUGGUCAUUGUGACCAAGGAAGAUGAUGUUAUCAGCAACAGUACGAUUAAUCUGGCUGGGGUGGCACCAUGCAGUCAUGAAGAAGCUGACACCCCGAUCUUUGUGCAUGCCAGACAUGCCACAGAAGCAGGCAGCAUUGUCAUCAUGGUCAAAGCCAACGACACAGAUGUUGUUGUCAUCGCAGUGAGUGUUCUGCAGGCACUUCAGAACCUGGGUCUGCAGCAGUUGUGGGUUGCCUUUGGCCAAAGACAGAACCUGAAAUGGAUUCCUGUUCAUGACCUGUGUGGCACUCUUGCAGAGAAGAGCAAAUGCUCUUCUUCCAUGCAUUCACUGGUUGCGAUGUUGUCUCAGCAUUCCGUGGCAAAGGGAAGAAGACUGCUUGGCAAACCUGGAAUGUUUGUAAUUAGGCUUCCAGUGUCUUCAGCAAACUCAGCCAUUACCCACCUAUAUUGGAUGAUGAAGACCUGAAAACCCUGGAGAAGUUUGUGGUCAUGUUGUACGACAGAUCAAGCACAGCUGAAGGUGUCGACAAUGCAAGGUUGGACAUGUUUGCUCGGAAGCAGAGGCCGUACGAACCGCGGGAUCACCACCUUAUCGUGGUGGGGCAGUUUGUGUGCCUCCACGACCCCUAGAGCUAUGCCGGCUGGAGUAUUGUACUCCUGGAAGGGUCACCCACGCCAAACAGCUCAAAGGAUAGAGACCAGACAAAGAGUGAGCCCAUGGUGUUACCAUCCAUUUUAGAUGAAAUUCAAAUUUAUCAGAAUAUUAGGAUUCUGGGUAUAGGUUGCCAACCAUUUUCUCGAGUCUCAUAUGAUGUAGACCUAAUUAGGAUCAGAAUAUUAGGAUUCCGGGACUGAAAUUUGGUACAAGAAAGCCAGCAAGUAAGUCCAUGGGUCCAAAUUUGGAUUCCGCAUGGUGGAAAAUUUAUGAUAUGACACCAAGUUCAUCCAAAUAGGACAGGUCUAUGGAAUUUCAUUGCAAAAUGCAAUAUUACUGUAUUUUCAUUGGUGGCCAUCUUGAAAAAUGGCCGCCAUCUUGAAUUUCAUUUGGCCAGACAGAAAUAUCAAAAGAGCAACUUCUAAGGAGUAUGUGUGCCAAUUUUGGUGCUCUUAUCCACAAGUGAACGAUUAUUACAGUUAUCUGCCCAGCUAUCUUCCGGGAAAGUUACAGAGCCCUCCCCCGCCCAGCUUUUGGCAAAUCAGACCACUGCUCAAUCCCCCUACUCCCUUCCUAUAGACAGAGACUGAAGAGAGAGCCCCCUGUUUACAGGGCUGUUCCACGCCGGUCUGAUCAAUCAGAGGCGAUCAUACAGGACUGGUUUGCCCCCAGGGACUGGAAGUCAUUCAAGUUGACUGGGAAUCUGGACGACUGCACCGACAAUGUAACAACCUACAUCAGGGAGCGCACAGAGGCUGCUGUUCCAGUCAGGAAUAUAAAGGUGACGCCAAACCAGAAGCCAUGGAUCAACAACAAAGUGCAUGCUGCUCUCCAUACACGAAACAUAGCCUAUAAAUCAGACACAGCGGAGGACCAUAACAGCACACGCUAUGCACUCAGAGCGGCAAUAAAAAAGGCAAAGAAGAACUAUUGUCAACGCAUGGAGUCAAGACUCAACACAAACAACCCGAUGCACCUUUGGCAGCAGCUUCAAGCCGUACACAGCAAACCCAAUGCACACCUUUCCAGAUGACUUCAACUCCUUCUAUGCCUGAUUUGACCCCUCUGCUAGAACCCCUGGCAUGGCUGGUCCCUCCCCCUCCACCGGCGAGCACCAACCUCUGCUAUCCCCCCUAUUGACAUGGGGAGGGGGGAGCAGCUGACCCUCACUCCUGGAACAUCCCUAAACCCACUCUCCAUCUCUGGUGCUGAUGAUGACCACCCGCUCACCAUCCAAAGGGGCGAGGUCUACCGCUCCUUCAAGCGGAUCAACACCAGGAAAGCGGCUGGCUCAGAUGGCAUUCCUGGACAGGUUUUAAAGGCUUGUGCUUACCAGCUGGUGGGAGUAUUCACUGACAUUUUAAACUAGUCUCUCUCCCUCAGCUCUGUCCCCACCUGUUUCAAAACCAGCACCAUCAUCCCUAUUCCCAAGCAGCAGAAGGUGAUCAGCCUAAAAGACUGGCGCCCCAUAGCCCUCACUCCCAUAGCCAGCAAGUGUUUUAAGAGCCUGGUCAAAGGUCUCACACGCCCCAUGUGAUGUGCUACAUCAUUCAUUCGCUCACACAGUCACACCCUGGUAGUGGUAAACUACCUAGAUAGUCACAGCUGCCCGGGGACAGACUGAUGGAAAUGUGGCAGCCUCUCUGACCACCACCAGACAUCACUUACAGUCGUACAUACACCAGUGAAGGACACAUACUGGGAGCGAGGUGUGUUAAGUGUCUUGCCUAAGGACACAAUGGGCAGACUAGGGAUAGGGGGAAAUCGAACCACCAACCUUCCAGUUGUUGGACGACUGCUUGACCUCCUGAGCUUUAGUUUAGGCCUUUAGUUAUUUUGAGAUGACUUAAGAGAUAUGGAAGUCUUUUACGCUUCUGGCACAGAAAGUAAACACUAAACUCUGCCUUUAAAAAGUCUCAGAAGAUUUGUUUUUAUUUUUGAUUGUUUGUGGGUGUUGUUUGGCUUUCUUAUGUCCUGUAGGCUCCCUAAAGUCUAAUAAAAUGUACUAAUAACAUAUUUUAAGAGGAUGCAAUAACAUAUUUGGACUUUUGAUUUCUAUCAGACAUUUCACACAGCUUUUAUUUUGCAUUGUAACAGUUACUGUGUGUAAGAAGAAUAAGAAGAACUUUAUUAAUCCCUGAAGGGAAAUUCAAUUGUCUGUUGUCUCACAUAAUAUGUCUCUGUAACUCUUGUGUAAAUGAUAGGAUGGCUGUGGGUACAAAAGAUCUUCUGAAUCUUUCUGUCCUGCAGCAAAGAGAGAGGAGCUGUCUGCCACCAUUGGCCCUUUGGUCCAUCAAGGUGUUGUGAAGUGGGUGAUCCAUGUUCUUUAAAAUAGUCUCCAUCUUCCUCAGUGUAGAUCUCUUCACCACAUCCUCCACUGAGUACAGCUUGAGUCCAACCAAAGAGCCAGCCUUUUUCACCAGUUUGUUCAGAUGUCUUGCAUCUUUGUGUUUGAUGCUUCCUCGCCAGCAGACUGCAGCAUGUACCAGAACACUUUCCACCACAGACUGAUAAAUUAUCUGUAGUAUCUUACUACAGAUGUCUAUUGAUUGGAGUCCUCUCAGGCAAAAGAGGCAGCUCUGCCCCUUUUGAUGAAGUUUAUAUUCUUAGACCAAUCCAACUUAUUAUCCAGAUGUACACCUAGGUAUUUAUAUGAUGUCACCACUUCGAUGUCCACUCCACAGGUGUUCACUGGCUGAAGAGGGGGUUUGGAUCGAUGGAAGUCUUUGACAGUCUCCUUUGUCUUUGAGGUGUUGAGGAGGAGGCAGUUUUUGUGACUUUUGUGAUUCAGCUUCUUGUCCAUUUCUGAUACAAUCUACAAUCGCAGUGUCAUCUGAGUAUUUCUGGAUGUGGCAGGACUCAGUGCUGUAUUUGAAGUCUGAUGUAUACAGUGUGAACAGGAAUGGCACCAGCACUGUCCCUUGUGGAGCCCCUGUACUGCUCAUUAAUGUCCCAGAGACACAGUUUGCCAACCUGACAAACUGUGGCCUUCCUGUCAGGUAAUCUGUGAUCCAGGAAACACAGGAAGGAUCCACUCCCAUAUCUGUAAGCUUGUUUUUGAGUAUGAUGGGUUGGAUGGUGUUGAAUGCACUUGAAAAGUUGAAGAACAUGAUCCUAACAUAAACCCCAGGUUCUUCCAGAUGAGACAGGGCACAGUGAAGCAUGUAGAGGACAGCAUCAUCCACUCCAAUGUGUUCUUUGUAUGCAAAGUGCAGAGAAUCCAGUUUGUCUUUGACCUCAGACCUCAGAGGGCGUAGAAUCAGCCCCUCCAAGGUUUUCAUGAUGUGUGAAAUGAGGGCCACUGGUCUGUAGUCAUUGAGUUCAGCAGGACAUUUUCUUUUUGAUACUGGCACAAUGAAGGAUGUUUUCCACAGAGUAGGUACCCGCCCCAGCUGUAGACUCAGGUUGAAGAUCCUGUUGAGAGGUUGACACAGUUGUGCAGCACAGUCUCUAGGAAGCCUUGGACACACACUAAGGCUGCACGAUAUUGGAAAAAAUUAACAUUGCGAUUUUUUUCAACCCUGCGAUAUAUAUUGUGAUAUUAAAAAUACAGGAAUUUUCACCAGAUGACCUGAAUAGCAUUUAAUGUUAUGUUGCACCGCUGAAGUCUUGAGGACAGUUACCCUGCAAUGAUCUUACCUCUUUUUGUGAAUGUUAGUAGAAUGGCUUCUGUCUGUCUCAGAGAUAUUUUUAGCUUUUAUUGUUCUGGGAUGUUAUUGUGGCGACAGAUGAACACAGAACAUGUGUUUUGGUCGACAUUAUCUUUCUUUUAACGGAAAUAAUUCCAGAGAACUGACUUUCCUUUUCUCUUUGGCAACAAAUCUUCAUUUUCUGUGGUUUUUCUUGUUCCUUACUCAUUUUGCAAUCGUUGUUGCUGUUGUUAGCGGUGUUGUGCCGAGAAACGCAUGUCCUCCGAGAAUUGCAUGCACCUCGUAAAACACGCACCACUUAUAGUGGAGUGGUCCACGGAAAUAUACAUUUUAAAACCCAUACAGUUCUUAUUUGUUGGGCUUAACAGUCAUGAGUAAAGUUCCGAAAGUAAUUUUCAGUGGACAAGCGUUUCUCGGCUCAACACCAGCAGCCAGCGACUAUCUCCAUGUGCAGAACAUGUGCAGGGGUGGGUUUCCUCCUCUGAUUUUGAUUGACAGCUGGCAGGGUAGUCUGAUUGGCAACUGAGAACUGAGUCUGAUUGGCAACUGAGAACUGAGUCUGAUUGGCAACUGAGAACUGACUCUGAUUGGCAACUGAGUAAAGGACGAAGGUGAUUGGUGGAUCGCUGCACAGUACAUGCAGUGUAUCUCAGUCAGCUACCCUUGAAAUUAACUGAGUUCAUUCACCACCGACAUCGCAGGCUCUGCGAUGUGACUAUCGCACACACGUACAUCGCGAUGACGAUGCUCAAACGAUAUAUCGUGCAGGCCUAACACACACCUUCUGGACCAGCCGCCUUUCCAGGGCAAAGUCUUCCAAGCUCCAUCCUCACCCUGUUUCAGUGACAGACAAGGACUGGUGUUCUAGAAGGGAGGCAGUUGAAGUGGUUGAGACAUUUGAACGUGAUGGAGGAGGAAUGGGAGAGGUUGUAGUGGAGAUAUGUUGUGGAGAGGAAGGUGGAGUAGCAGUGGAAGUGGGUGUGACAGCAGCGUCAAAUCUGUUGAACAGGUUGAGUUUAAGGCUGCAACAACGAAUCGAUUAAGUCGAUUCGUCGUGACGAAAAAAUUCGUUGCCAACUAAUUCUGUAAUCGAUUCGUCGGGUCUUUAUAUAUGUCCAUGGACACCGGCGUGUAAACAUCAGCAGAACGCACAGAAAAGAAACAGCCAUGGCCGAGACAGCGGCUGAGAAAAACAUGGACACAACCCAACCCAAAUCCCGACCUAAAACAUCAGUGGUGAGGGAAAACUUUACCAAAAAUGAAAAGGAAGGCGUUCAGUGCAACAUUUUCAAAGCCCGUUUUGCAUGGCACGGGAGUACAUCGAUGAUGCGUGAGCACAGGGCUCUCAAGUCUCACGCAUUCAGCGUAUGACACAGCAUUCCCACUCGUUCACAUGCUCACACACCACACAUUGUAUUUCUCACGCAUUUAAAUGAACAUGGUGAUGUCCACCAAGUUGCACUUCUUUAACUAUGGAACAGGUGGAAAUCAGCUGAGUUUCUCCGAGAGUUCAGGAGCUGCGUGCCACGCGCAAGCCAAUCAAAUAAAGUAUAUCUACUGAACAGCCAAUCAAAAAGCAGCAUUGCUGUAUCCGGGUAGAUUUUGAUAUCUUGCGGUUUGACCACAGAAGAAGACAGACACUCGCCGAAAUAGAGCAGGUUUUUGUAAGGACGAGAAAGACCCGUUGAUUACAGUGAGUCGGUAACCUACACAUGCAGAGACCUCAACACCUCAUGGCAGAUAAACUCGUAUGAUAAACUAAAGCCCUAUGCUAUUGCUAUUAACAGCUGCAUUGAUGAAUUUAGCCUGUUUAUCCGAUUAAUCGAUUAGCUAUUAAAAUAGUCGGCAGAUUAAUCGAUUAUCAAAAUAAUCGUUAGUUGCAGCCCUAGUUGAGUUCAUCAGCUCUUCCCAGAUCACCCACCACUGGCUGUCUAUUCUUUUUAUUGCUGUGCCCAGAGAUGGUACUGAUUCUUCUCCACACUUCACAGAUGUUGCUGUGUUGUAGAUUCUUCUCUAUCGUCUUUUUGUACUCCAGUUUUGCUAUCUUCAGUCUCUUCUUCAACUCUUGUUGCACUUGUUUGAGUUGUUCUUUGUCACCAUCUUUAAAAGCUUUCUUAUUCUGGGUAAGGAUUGCUUUUAUGUCAUUUGUGAUCCAGGGUUUGUUGUUGGGGAAACAGCGAUCAGUCUUUGUCAGUAUAACAGUGUCUCUACAGAAUUUUAUAUAUUCAGUAAAGCGGUCAACCUGUUCGUCAAUGUUCAUAUUAUUCACAUCUGUUUCCAGCCGCACAUUCCAGUCUAUUGAUUUAUUUGAUUUAAAACAUUGUUGUCUCUGGUAGGACAGUUCACAAACUAUGUGAAUCCAGUCAGGUGAGAGGAGAGGAUGACAUGGUUGAAGUCUCCUGACAUUAUUAUUAGUUCCUCAGGGUGUUGAGUGUGUAGCCUGGCUACAUUAUUUUGCAAAACAUUGCAGGGAAUUUCUUCAGUUGAUUUGGGUGGAAUGUAAACAAAUAUUGUUAUGAUGAGACUAAAUUCUCUUGGAACAUAAUAUGGCCACAGAGCAAUGGCCAACAGUUCAAUAUCUGUACAACAGAACUUCUCCUUGGCAGUUAUGUGUGAAGGGUUACACCAUCUCUUGUUGACAAAUAAAGCCAAAUCCCACCUUUCUUCUUGCUACUAGCUUGAGCAUUUCUGUCUGACCUUAUGAGAGUGAAGCCAGGUAGAUCCACACUGGAGUCAGAGUUGUUUUGAUUCAACCAGGUUUCAGUAAAACGCAGGAGACUGGACUCGCGGUAUGCUUUCUCAGUCUUCACCAAUAUCUCCAGCUCAUCGCCUUUGUUGGGCAAAGAGCUGACGUUUCGCAUAAUGAUUGAUGGAAGAAGGGUUUAUAUCGCCACCUCCUAGCAUUCAGCUUUGCCUUCACCUUGGCACCAGCACGUCAACCUCGAUAACACCUCCUGAUGUCCUCUGGAAUUGUAUGUUGUUGUCCAGAUUUGCUUUUCCUCAAUGAAAGGAGCUCUUCUCUUGAGUAAACUCUUCACCCAGCUGAAGUAUCCAGUAGCAGCCAACAAAAUUACAACAAAAAUAUGAAAAAAAUCUAGCAAAAAUUACAGAUAACACAGAGAGACCAGACUUGCAGCAACCUCUCGUUUCAAGCGCAUCAUUUGAAUUUUAGAACAGAUUUAAUUCCUUUUUAUAACUUACCUAAAAAUGUCAGCUUUUUCCUGUACACUGGUGCAACAGGUAUAUGGUACAGAAUGCAGACAGACUGAUUUUACUUAUUUGAUAUAGGUCAAAAAUUAUUUGCUGCUCUUGGUAUUUUGCAAGUAACUGUGGCUGCACAAAGCAUGCUGCAAUAUAAACUAACUCAUAAAAUUGAGAGUUUUAAUUCAGUCUGUCUUCAGUGGGUAAAUACGCACGCUGACAGUCCUCCAUCAACUGGCUCAUGGUGUCUAUUGUUCUCUCAGGUGUUGGAGAACGCCGAGGGAGCCAGGACGACACCUUCAGUCAUUGCCUUCACAGCUGACGGGGAGCGCCUCGUGGGCAUGCCGGCCAAACGUCAGGCUGUCACUAAUCCUCAAAACACCCUGUAUGCCACCAAGAGGCUGAUUGGACGUCGCUAUGACGAUGCUGAAGUCCAAAAAGACCUGUAAGUGCUCCAUGUUUGAUACAAAAGGACUGAACAGAAUGAUAUAGCAGACUGUUUAAUUAAACCUGUUUGUUGUUGUUGUUGCUCACAGGAAUAAUGUCCCCUACAAGAUUGUCCGAGCAUCUAACGGUGAUGCUUGGGUGGAGGCUCAUGGGAAAAUGUAUUCCCCAAGCCAGGCUGGAGCCUUCGUCCUGAUGAAGAUGAAGGAGACUGCAGGCAAGACUGCAACUACUCAUGUUUCUUAGCCUAAUACACACUUGACAAUACUUUGACUAAUAUUAUUUAAAUUUACCUGUCAGUUUUAGAAAUGAUUUUAAUGUCUGUGUCACAGAGAACUACCUGGGAACCAAAGUGAAAAACGCUGUGGUCACUGUCCCUGCCUACUUCAACGACUCACAGAGACAGGUACACACACACACGGAGCCUCUCUACAGCUGUUUCCAUUUCCAUUUUCCAUAUUUAAGCUUUUGAUAAUUUUUUUAAAUGUUACCAUCAAACAUUCACAAAAGUUUUCAAAGAACAGUUCUGGGUAGUCAAAUCUCCAUAAUCAACCACAGCCUUGAGCAGGACUUCGCACUUCAACUCUACCUUAAAAUGCUGUUCCUGAUAUGCUGAAGUGAUUUUACAUAAAAUAAAACAAGUAAAUCUAAUUUUACCUCCUAGAGUUGAAAGUGUUAAGAGUUAAUCAAUCCAUGAAAAGGGGGCCUCAAUACUGAAAUGCAUUUAUCCAAAAACUGUAAACCUUUGCUGCAUUUAGCGCCAUAAAAAAUAUGGUCACACGGUCUUAAAGAGUGAACAGGUGAAGCCUAUGUGUUUUUAGAGGGCUUUUGACAGCCUAUCUGGCCUGGUAUAUAUACCAAAGUGUUUUCAGUAUCUGUUUUGUGGUUUUGUGUACAUGUGGAGUCUUUUCAUUACACUGAUAAUUGAAGGUAUGGUUUUAAAUCACACAAAAAGGGCUUGUUUGCUUUUGCUUGGUCUGUUCUCAUCCAAGCAAGGCCUAAAACAGACUGAAACAAACCUGGUCAUGACAUAGUUUUAGCAGAUCAUGCAGGACCAAUCUCUAAAUCUUACCAGUGUAGGAUAUGAGUAAGGUUUUCAUGAAGGAAGUGUUUUUAAAUAUUGGUCAUCAUGUGGUCAAUUUUAUGGUCCUGGCACCUUCAAGCAGUCAGACUUGUCUAAUUUAUUUCUUUGAAUUCAGGCUACCAAAGAUGCUGGACAGAUCUCUGGUCUGAACGUCCUGCGUGUGAUUAAUGAGCCAACGGCUGCUGCCCUGGCUUACGGCCUUGACAAAACCCAAGAUAAGAUGUGAGUGAAGUGAGAUUUAACAAUAACAAAUAUGUAAACAGCUCUGCACGGAAAAACUCUGACACUAGCUUGUGUUUGUCGUCAGUAUCGCUGUGUAUGAUCUGGGUGGAGGUACAUUUGAUAUCUCAGUCCUGGAGAUCCAGAAAGGAGUGUUUGAGGUCAAGUCCACUAAUGGAGACACCUUCCUGGGAGGAGAGGACUUUGAUCAGCAUCUCCUAAAACACAUUGUGAAGGAGUUCAAGAGAGAGGUGAACUGCUAAAUCUGAAAAGGAUUCUCUCACCUGUAGCUCAUCUUGCAAUGUCUUCAUUUCAUGAGCAUUACAUGUUCUCUUUUCAGUCUGGUGUGGAUCUGACCAAGGACAACAUGGCUCUGCAGAGAGUACGAGAGGCUGCAGAGAAGGCAAAAUGUGAACUCUCCUCUUCACUGCAGGUACACACAACUCCUUAUCCUCUCAGGUGUGAGAUCAAAACCCAUUUCAGUGUACUGCUGUCAAAAAAACAGGUUGUAGCCUGAAUUCAGCUUUCAGUCAGCUGUUUGGACAGUGUGUGUCUGGCUCAGUGUUACCACCACAUCCAGAGCAGCUCCGACCUGGAACAGCGGCAAUUUUCGCCAUCCGCCAAUUCCUACCGGGUCCGUUUGUGAGGCUAAUUCUGUGGCGGACAGCAGGAAUAGUGAGAACUCACAAGAACCCAAGGAUUCACGUGCAACCGCGUAACAAGUUGUCUCUAUAAAGACAGCCACAAAGUUCGUCCCUGCCCAUUUGCAUGGUGUGAAAGAUCUGCCUGAAACGCAAAGUGUUUUAUUUUGAAAAGAGGCCAGAUGGUUUAUUUCGUGUCUGUGCCCCACUUCCUUUCCAGCACGGAUUAAUCUGUGCUGAAUUUAUCCGGCAUGCUCCGGCAUCCGGAAAAAAUAGAACUCUUGCGAUUAGCUGUGGAGUCUGGCAAACCAAUGGAAAUUGACACAAUAACUUGAAUGGUUUCAAUCAGCUGCAAUUGGUGGAUACGGCCUUUUUUAGUAGCCAUUCCGGAUGAGUUGGAAAUUGGGGGUUACAGUGAAGAGGAGGUGCUGUAUCAUAUCACUGCAGUUGUCUCGUCUUAGAGUCUACUGCUGUUGAGUUGCUUCAGGACUUUGUCUGGUGAGAGUGGCCUGUCGUGGUAUUGUCAGCAGAUUGACCUAGUACAAGGCCAUACAAACAUUUUAUUCUUCAUAAAUAACACUGAAUGACUUCUACUCUUCUAAUUGUAGAGCAAAACUGCUGGCUGUUUAAGCAGAUAUACAGUAUUAUGCACAUAUUCAUGGAGGGAGGGGGGAGUUGAUUUAUAGACCCAUCUAUUUAUUUUGCCCCCAUUUUUUAUAACCAUAAAGUUGCUGUUUCUCCCAGAGUUUACAUGUUUUAACUUGAUGUUUUGGAUUAUUAGCUGUUUUAGAUUAAUUCAGAGGUCAGCAUUAACCAACCUUUCUUAAAAUCUAAAAGAAACAUGACCACUGCACUGACACUGGGGCUGUGUAGAUACACCUGUAUUCACAGUAAUUGUCUUUAAAAAAAGGAAAAAAGAUAAGAAUCAACUUUUUCGACCUGUAGGUCGAAAAAGGUGACCUGUAGCAGUGACCUGUAGCAGCCCUUUGAGAUCUAAUUAAACAUUUUCAAAAUCUGGUUUUCCAAGAUCUGUUUUAAACCCCCAAACAACAUUUAAGCUGGUACCACCUAAGGAUAUGAAUCAUUUGAAAAUUUGUACUUCAUACUUCUAAAUAAGAUUUUAGUUUAGUUUUAGUUUUUAGGAAAUAAAGCAGCCUAAACACAAGACACAAGACUAUCAAGUCACAGGACUGGUUAUGUGGAGAAAUCAUCAAAUUGAACUUAAUCAGACACGGAUAACAACAUAUAAGGUAAUUGCACGUAUAAGUCAAGUUAAUGAGGUAAUGUGUUGUUCAGCCAUGUCCUGCAUUUCCUAAAUUUGAUUGAUUUGUUUUUUAUUUACAACGUCCCUUUUUUAUAUCUACAACUAUUUUAUGGACAUAAUAACCCCUGAGGAAAAAAUCUAAUGUUGAGACUUUCUAGAUUCAAAUGCGGCAUUAUUUUUGCACCAAUGUUUGAUAGCAAAUCUCAGAUUCAGAUUUUUGAGGUUUCUUUAACCCUCGGCUCCUUGUAAUUUAAUGCCCCACUCAGCCUUGCUUGGACAUGUAGAUUAGUGUUCAUAAAAUAUUUUUUUUUACAUUUUUAAAUACUUUUUGUGACUCAAAUAGGGCUGGGGCGAUUCGUCUACGUAAACAACUACAAAAAUUCGUCAACGCGUAGCAUGAUGAAAUAGGCAAUGGCUACUUCAGGUAACAGUGGAAGCAUGGGCGGCAAACAAGCUCCACCUAAUGGGGUCGAUUUAAAAUCAACUUAAGCAUGAUCUAUGAGCAGCUCUUCUUAAUCAAUGCAUGUGUUCUUCCUGGCUUCCUCGUUAACAUUUCCAAGAUCGCGCUGCUUUCAUUCAUGGAGACAUGCAGUGACCUGUCAAUCAAAUGACCCACUGCGGGUGCAGCAACCCCCUUCGUGGACGCUGCAUCAUACGCCCUGCAUCCCAUAUCUAAUUCAUUCACUUUAAGCAGUGAGCUCGGAGCUGAAGCAUCAGUUUUGUGCUUUUAUUUGUCCUAUAACUCGCUGAUUAAUCAGCUGUGUGAUCGCUGAUUGCUCGCUAAUUGCUACUACUCGGCGCUCGCGAGCACUGCUGCUAUGUAUACUGAUACCAAUCUGCUUUAAAACAUUCACUCACCUUCAGACAUUCACUCAUUCUUUUACCAUCUUCAUGGCAUUCAUACUUUUCUCACAGUGACAGUUCAAAAAGUCACAGGAUUUUCUGACCUCUUCAGGUUUUAACAUUAGUGUGUAUUGCAUGGAAUGUUGGCAGCUAGAGUGCUUGACAUCAUCGCUAGAGUGAGACAGGCUGAAAAUUUAUCAUCAAAACUUUUCUUUACAAAAGGAUUGUGGCAAGUCACUUCACUCUACACCAGGGAUGGGCAAUUAUUUUUCCCAAGGGGCCAAAUGAGAAGCAGAAAAUAUUGUGGAGGGCCGGGCCAAAAGUUUAAACUGUAUUCUGCAUAUACAUUUUAAUUAUAAAUUGAAAGCAGUAAAUGGCAUUGUUUGCACUAGCUGGUAAGUGUCUGUAUUAUUAGGUAAUGAGAAAAUAAGGGUUUUAUUUAUUAUUUUCCUCAGUGCAGUGCAACAAUGGUACACAUGAAACAUUUGUAACUCUCUUUUAAAUUACAUUAACCUUAAAACACUUCUUUCUAGUAAAACACCACAAUGCCAAGUAUCAUUAACAAGAUAAAACACUUCUUUCUAUUAAAACAGCACAAUGCCAAAUAUCAUUAACAAGAUAUGUCACAUUUUUUCUUUUCACAGAUUGUAAAACUGUGCAGGCAAAAAGUAAAAAUGAACACAUUUCAGUAUUCUUUUCUUGUUCAGUGAGAGAAAUCUAGCCUUUGCUGGGCUUUAACAAGUGCAUCAAAGUCAGGCUGAAUGUCUGAGGUGGAGAUGGAAAGUACAGCUGACAGAUGAUCAUCAGUAAGAGAGGAUCUGAACCUGGAUUUGGUAAACUUAAUUACUGAGAAUGUUUGUUCACAUAUGAAGGUAGAUCCAAACAGAACCAACAUCUUCUGAGCAUGUCUCCUCAUGUUUGGAAAGUUCUCCUCCUUGAGAGAUGAGUAGAACUCCAGCAGUGAUGCUGACUUAGAGUACUCUGCCAGUACUGUGUCAGACUGCAGGUCAAUGAGCUCUAGCUGAACGUCACUGGGUGCAUUAUCUACUCUGCAGGUAAAGGGAGAUGAAACCAGGUGCAUUUCAUCCUCAAUGUUUUUACAAAACUUUUGAAUCUUUGUUUUCAACUCCCAAAAUCUUCUUAGCACUUUGCCCAGACUGAGCCAUCUGACAGCUGUGUGGUACCUGAUGUCCCAUGUUCAUUCUCAUGCUCCUCUAAAAGUGCAACAAACUGCCUGUGAUUUAAUGCUCGUGCCCUGAUAAAGUUUUGGUUACAACAUUGAUAACAUGGUUAAGUUUUAGCACAGACCUGCACAACGCAUGCUGAUGUAUAAUACAAUGUAUCAACACCAACUUAUGCUCUGAGCCAAGUUCAGUCACUUAAAAAAAAUCUAUUUUUACUUUAUCUUGGAUCUGUUUCAAAAGUCAGACAUUUUCCCCCGUCAAAUUCGGACAACCAUCAGUAGUGACACCUACCAGUUUAUCCCAUUUUAGUCCAAGCUUGACCAUGCAUGCAUCUACCUCCUUGAACAGAUCACUCCCCGUUGUCGUUCCUUUUAUUAACCUCAAUGCUGCCUGCUCCUCCGUAAUCUUGAAGUCCUGCCUUAUUCCUCGGAGAAAUACCAGUAACUGGGCAGUGUCACGGACAUCACAGCUCUCAUCCAAAGCCAAAGAGAAAAAGUCAAAACUUCAACUCCACUUUUUAGCUGAAGUUUGAGAACCCCUGCGAUGCCUUCUACCAUUCUGGUGAUGGUUCGCAUGGACAGCGGGACUUUUUCAAACGUUUCUUUAUUCUCAGGGCAUAUUAGCGUGGCAGAGUCCACCAAGCACUCCUUCACAAACUCACCAGUUAAGAAUGGCUUGCAGUUUUUAGUGAUUUUGUGGGAUAUUACAAAGCUGGUCUUGGUCGCUGCAUCCCGGGCUGUAUGUAGCUUGGUAAAAUAGCCUUGUUGUUUUGCUAGCUUUGCUAGCAAGUCUUCCGAAAUUUGCGCUCUCUCAGCCUCCGCCAAGUGUCUGUAUUUCUCUGCGUGUUUUGUCUCAUAAUGCCGACUCUGCCUACCGCCUGUAUACAGAUUUGAAGCCAAAUAGCUCUCGGUAUUUCCGGGAUUUUUCUUCAUUUCCUGAAACCAGCGCUGCGCAGUAGCAAUGAGUGCAUUCGGCUGCGCAGUCGCAGAGAGUCGCUGUGAUGACGCUCGGCUCAAACAGUGUAUCCCCCGGGAGAGCCCCGCAAUCCCUGAACGCCCAUAGGCUGUAUCAGUUGUCAAUCAUAGAAAACAUGAACCCCCUAAUAACUUUUAAAAACGGAGCUUCACAGUAAAAAGAGGACUUGAGCACAAACCAGUCUUACAAUAACUACAUGUCAACAUCACAAGCAGGCGGGAGAAAAAAUUAUGUUCUGUGUAAUAAAUUUCUUAAGUUUGUCCACAGCUCCAUAAGCUUUGCUGGCAGUGCGGGAUUUAUGACCUAUACUGCAACCCAUCAACAAAGGGUGCUGUUCUCGGAGUGGCUUCACUCAGCGAGGUGGCAGACUGUCCAUUUUAUAUACAGUCUAUGUUUAUAACCCUUCACUAUACAAACUUUAUCAUCUAUCUCUUUCUACAAACUCUGAGCUACAGAAACCGUCCAGGGCUAAAUAAAUUCAGUUCAUUGAAGACAUUAUGGGAUGCAUUCAGGAUUAUUUUUUAUUUAAAUUUUUUUUCCACACUAGUUUCAAUUUUAAUUUUUAUGCAUUAUUUAAUUCUUUAAAGAAAUUAUUUAAACUGAUUUAAACCUUUCUGACACUUCUAAUACUUUAAGAUUUUUAAUCAUUUUAAUUUCCCUGUUUUAAAUCAUUUAACGAUUUAUACAUCAUUUUAUUCUUCAAACAAAUUUCAACUCAUUCAAGCUGAUAUAAACCUUUCUAGUACUUCAAACAUUUUCAAACUGAAGGAUUUUUAAUCAUUUUAAUUUUCCACACACUGAUUUUUUUAAACAAUUUAUGCACUAUUCAAUGAAUUCAUCCAAAUCAUUUAAAAAAAUUCAAAGCUUCCUCAAAAUUCAAACAUUCUUAUCUUUCAUAGACUUUCAAAAUUCAAUAGCAGUUAAGCGAUAGCAAUUUCAAACAGAGCAAUCCCACUCACAAUUUCUUCAGAAAUUGCAUUUUCUAGUUAUUACUAUUAAAGCGACUUCCACCGUUUUUUAUGCCUUAACUACUUCCACAUACUUCAAAAUAUUCAAACUUCAAAAUAUUCAUCUCAUCGAGGAAAUUCAGCGGUGUAUCCCGAUUUUUCCCAACAUUCAUAAUUUCCGAGUUAUUCUCCCAUUAGAAAUGCGUUACGGAAUGUUCAAAUUGGCCCUUUCCUCACAUUUUCUUUACACAACUUCAAAAGCCUUCAGCUCACCCAUACUUCCACAUUGAAACUUCAUUCAAACUUCAAAACAUUCACUCACCUUCAGACAUUCACUCAUUCAUUUAUCAUCUUCAUGGCAUUCAUACUUUUCUCACAGUGACAGUUUAAAAAGGCACAGGAUUUUCUGACCUCUUCAGGUUUUAACAUUAGUGUGUAUUGCAUGGAAUGUUGGCAGCUAGAGUGGGUGACCUCACGGCUAGAGUGAGAGGGGCAGAAAAUGAAUCCUCAAAAUUUUGUCUUCAAAGCCGUAGGGCACACACAGUGGCUAGGGCAGACUCCAACUGCCACAGACACCCCUAAAAUAUCCCCACCUUUCUCCAUUUACUCCAGUAUAAAUCUGAGAGGUGGAUAUUUAGAGGAAACACAAACUGGACAUGUUUUUAACUUGUCCUAGUGAACACAUUUUUGGUUCCACAGACACAUAAAUUAUGUCAACAUGUUCAGCUGGGUCUUGUGGUUCUCACAAGCUCAUUAUCAUUUAAAUAGCAGUUACACAGGAUGAGCAUUAGGGCGUACUUUGAGCAUUUCUUUCUCAGCCUCAAUUCUCCUUUCUCCUGCUGUUGUGAUGCAUCUACCCUCACCAUGGCUACCAACUAGAGCACCUGGAGACACACAGCUGACUGGAAAGCUGCGUCUAACAGGUGUAGGAGACACAAGCCAGGCUCAGUACACAGAGUACUGGGUGUUACAAUAAAACCCUUCACUAGAGUUAUUUGACAAACUUUGGCUACAGAAACCAUGCAGGGCUAAAAAAAAUCAGCUCAUUGAGGACAAUAUGGGGUCUAAUCAGGAUUUUUAUUAAUAUAAAUUUUCCCCAUUUUUCAAUCACUCAUUGAUUACGCAUUAUUUAAUUCUUCAAACUAAUUUAAACUGAUUUCAACCUUUCUGAAUCUUCAAACUUUCAUACCUCCAGAUUGUGAUCAUUUUAAUUUUUUCACAUAUUUUCAAAUUCAGCCAUUUGCAAUAGCAGCUCAGCAAUAGUAUUUUUAACUGGCGCAAUCCCACUCGCAAUUCUUCAGAAACUGCAUUUUCUAGUUUUGAUUGGUGAUGUACCCUUAUUUGUGCAUAUUUAGUUUUUUUGUCUUUUGCCUAUCAUGGAUGCACAUGUAAGGUUAAAAGACUUGUAGGGCUGCACAUUAUUUAAAUGAAACAAAACUAUUUAUCGGGAGUAUUUGCUGUCAUCAUAAGGAGUUUAUGGGCUCUUGCCUGGUGAUAUGAAGUGAGUGAAUCAAAAAAUGACUAAAUUAUGUUUGUUUUCUCUUUCAGACUGACAUCAACCUGCCCUACUUGACCAUGGACUCCUCAGGUCCCAAACAUCUCAACAUAAAGCUGACCCGCUCUCAGUUUGAAGGCAUCGUGGCUGACCUGAUCCGCCGCACUGUGGCUCCCUGUCAGAAGGCCAUGCAGGAUGCUGAGGUGUCGAAGGGGGACAUUGGAGAGGUGCUGCUGGUUGGAGGAAUGACCCGCAUGCCCAAGGUACAAAACACACUACAGAGACUGAGCUUACUGGUACUUUCACAGAGGUGUAAAUGUGGCUCAUUUUUAUAGUAGAGGAGGAGAACAUUCAGUCACUUGUAGCAGAAAAAAGGUCAAGGAUGACCCUGACUUAACAUUCUUAUCACAAGGGUCCUUUAGUGAGGAAGACAAAAUGCUUGAAACUUAUAAUGGGAUUCAUGGAAAUAGGAAUUUUUGAAUGAAUUUAACUGACAGAACACAUUCAUUUGACAGUCAAACAUAUGUCAAUUCAAGGAAGCAUGUCUACACUAUAAAUCUGCUGAGUGUUUGCAGAGUAUUGCUAUAUACUUGGCGCACACACUGCGGUGCAGCAACCAUGUGUGCUGCAUAUGCUGAUACAUCCUGAGUCUCAGGUAGCGCCAUGUAAAAGAAAUAAAUAAGUGUGGCAACCUUUAAUUUGUUAUGCGCCCCAGUGAAUAAUAUGUAAGGGAAACCCUGUACAUUUAUUAUCACAUUAUGCAUAAUCAAUGGCAAAAUUAUAAUACACACAGUUCAAUAAAAACUUAAAAGAAAAGGAUUUAGGUUUUUAAAAAAAUUCAUAUUUUGCCCACUUACUGCCACUCACUCUUACUCUGUCUCCUCGCUGAUUUCUGUGUGUUAGGUUGUGUGCUGAGUACUCUAGCGGGCACAAUUCAGGAAACAGGGGUCUGGAAAAGACAAACUACCUACCACACCUGGGUUUUGCUUUGCUUUUGUGGGGAGCUGUGAGAUAAUCGGGGGGAUUCACACUUAGAGGAAAAGCAAGCCCAAAUAAACAACUCUUACUUAAAAAAACAAGCCCCCCCAAAAAAAACGCUAGCUGCGACUUUCAAGUUUUACAAGCGACUUCUGAGAAAAACAAGCCCAAAUUCGCUUAUUAUACACUGACUUGGCAACUAUGUUUCCAUCACGAGUCAACAUUUAAUAUAGAAAGCAUUUUCUCUCAGUUACAGACAAAGGAUUUCACACACAAAUUAAAGACAGAUAACAGCAAAACUAGACAGUCAUUGUAUAAAUGCUGAGCUUUGUCCCGCCCAUGGGCUCUAAGCGUUUCUGGGGGUCUAUGGGGCAGUGAACUGGCCCAGAUGCUUGGUUUUCUGCAUGAUUAUUGGAUGAUCUGUCUGAAGCGGAAUCCCCUUUUGAUUGACAGCGAAAUGGGCGUAGCAACAAGGAAUUCCAAUGGAUCCGAAACGGCUCCGCUCCACUCCGGACUGGCAGGCGGAUCAAAUACACAAUCAUGGCACCCACCUGCUCCGAUCCACCACCCCCAUCGGAGGAUAAGCUAUUGCGACAUUACAGAUAGUUCUUGCGAGACUGGACAGGUCUAGAGAUCUUGCGGGUUUCCCCCUGACAUUGAAUGAGAUCCGAUCAGUGUUUAUAAACGGCAGUGUAUAUAAACACCCAAACCCACAACCCUGGUCUCUCAGUUCAAUGUAUUGACUUUCCUUUAAUUUGAAAAUUGACUGGAUAUUUUACUCUGUAGUCACAUACAACUUCCACUGCUGCUUGUGCUGCACUGCACUUAAGUGAUGCGCCGUGCUGCGGCGUCCAGCCAAAAUAGAAGCCUUGCGUAUCUGAUCCAGCCGCUGGAGCUGAUUCGCAGCGGAGCCGAAUGGCGGACAGAAUCUGUGGAAUGACACACAUUGAUUAAAAUGCUUGCAUAAUUGAUCCGUCUGCCAUACUGGAGCGGAGCAGAGCCGUUCCGGAUCCUGUGGGUUUUGCCCAUCAGCAAUUUUAAAGUAGAAGUAUCCACAGGAGCAUUUUCCUAGUUUUCCACUCCUUUAUUCUGAGCUGAUGCGGAGACUUUACUGAUCCCCAGCGACUUUUCUUUGUUAAAAACGACAAGCGUUGAGUUUGGCAACUCUUCUGUCACAACAGGGUCACUGAUCAUUUUCUUGCAAAGGAAGGAACAAGGAUAGAAUUUACAUAUAAAUAAACACAUUUAUGAUGUAGGCUAGGAAGACAAUGUUCUUCCCCUCUUUGAAAGACUAGCAGCCUUGAAGUUCAAGGGAUAUCCUGGUAAGUUUAAGUCAUGGUCAAACACACCGUAACACUGAAGGUCCUUACACACCAGCCAAUUUGCGAAGCGAAAAAGCGGGACGAAAAUGCAGAGAUAUUUGCCGGUCCGAAAAAUAGCUUUAGCUUUUACACACCGGGUGACCACUCUGUGGUACACACUCUCCCCCAUCGUUGCUCUUGGUGCUAGUGGUCGUGUGUGUCGUGUGAACUGCAGCCGCAUGGGUCUGUGCCAUCAUUAACAACAUGACUUUUGAUUGGCCAGAGGUCUAGCAGGUCCAGAUAUUCGCCUGGGAAUCUCAGAAAAAUUCGACACAAGAGUGAAAAAAUAAAAGAGCCUUUAAUCGCCGCGGAAAAAUAGCUGCCGGUGUGGAAGCUUGCAUUGACUUUAUGUUGUUUUAAAAAAAGGCGAAUAAAGGCGAAUAAUUCACCUGGCGAAUUCGCGCCUGGUGUGUAAGGACCUUGAGAGACGAUUUAUGCCGACUGCUUGCUUCUCUAGUCAUACCAACUUCAGCAACAACUGCCCUAUAGCAAUACACAUAUACAUUGCACAAUGACAGGAGGCAGAGCCACAUAGUAAAUACUAUAUAUAGUCUAUGAUUACCAAGUUUUCCAUAAAAAAGACAUACGACAUUUUUCUGAUAUAGUUUGAUAUUUUUGUAUCAUAUGACACUAACAUGCAGCUGAAGUAGAGCUUUAGAUGUAAAACUCUUGUGUGUUUCUCUUUAGGUUCAACAAACUGUUCAGGAUCUGUUUGGCCGUGCUCCCAGCAAGUCUGUGAAUCCUGAUGAGGCUGUUGCCAUGGGAGCAGCCAUCCAGGGUGGAGUUUUGGCAGGUGAUGUCACUGAUGUGCUGCUGUUGGAUGUGACUCCACUGUCACUGGGUAUCGAGACGCUGGGCGGGGUCUUCACCAAACUCAUUAACAGGAACACUACGAUCCCCACCAAGAAGAGUCAGGUACAUAAGGGGACAGCCUGUAAUUUAUGGUCUAAUAUUAAUUCAGUUUUUUUUUUUUUUCUUGACCAGUGUGUAACAAUGUUUCACUCCCUGUCUCUCCUCUACUCCAGGUGUUCUCCACAGCUGCUGAUGGGCAGACUCAGGUAGAGAUUAAGGUGUGCCAGGGUGAGAGAGAGAUGGCAGCAGACAAUAAGGUGCUGGGUCAGUUCACCCUGGUAGGAAUCCCACCUGCACCUCGGGGCGUUCCUCAGAUCGAGGUCACCUUUGAUAUUGAUGCUAAUGGCAUUGUCCACGUCUCCGCCAAGGACAAAGGCACAGGCCGAGAACAGCAGAGUAUGUAUCAAUCAUCAUGCAUAAUCACAUGACUGCCAAAACCGAUCCAGUAUCACUUGGUUUUUGCAGCAGUUUAUUCUCUAUGUUAUAGUCAAUGCACCACUAAAUAAUCACAGUGCUCCUGUUUAAGAUCUUGUGUUAUGUGUUGUCUUUCCUUAGUUGUGAUUCAGUCAUCAGGAGGACUCAGCAAAGAUGAUAUUGAGAACAUGGUCAAGAAUGCUGAGAAGUAUGCAGAGGAGGACAGAAGGAGGAAGGUAAAGAUGAGAAACAGGGAAGUAAACUUUAACAGGUAUUCAUUCUGUCCACUAGAUUUAAAUAGCUAUUAGUUAUUGAUGACUUUUGGGAAUAUCACGAUAUCGCUGUGUUCUCUUAUGCCUGUGUAGUCAAAUUUUUAAAAUUGUUGAACAGCCCGCUCUUUCUGACUGUAAACAAAGUCAUUCUCCACCUCCCUGACCUGAUUGGUUGCGGGGCAGAUGCUGCUCCCUCUUGUUGUGAGGCACACUCCUCAUCCUAAAAUAACACGCACAACCCCAAACAAAGUUAGCUUGCUACAAUAUCAGACUGUAGAAACCAAACAGAAAGUACAGAGAGUUGUCUGAAUCCUCCUUUGGCAGAUGCUGCUCCCUCGUGUUGUGAGGUACAAUCCUCGUCCUCGAAUAACAUGCACAAGCCCAAACAAAGUUAGCAUGCUACAAUAUCAGACUGCAGAAACCAAACAGAAAGUACGGAAAGUUGUCUGAAUCCUCCUUUGGCAACGACCACCAACACAAGCAAGAAAACGAAGUAAAUACUGGAGUCUCUGGCGGAAUAAUGGUGCUCAAAAAGAAGGUAGACCAGACCAAAGCUAAAAAGCUGGGUCAACACCAAUGAGGCAUAAACGAUGGGGGACGCUUCGGGAUCUUAGGGACCCUGUAACUUCUCUGCUGGACAUGUAAAGUGCUUUAACAAAGUAAGGCAAGUGUCUGUAACAGAGGUGUUUCUUGUUGACCUGCUGCGUGUUGUAGUGCCGCUAAACUGUUUCCUUGGGUCCUGGAGUAUGUCACUUUAUCCUAGUUGUAGAAGUCUGUUGGUAGUCUGUUGUUAUCUACAGUUACACCAAUGCUUUUUACUUAGUGGAUGAGUGAUUCACCUAUCAUGCCUAGUGCCUACCAUACAAGCCUGUGGAGGCAUUGCUAUGAUCUGGGGUUGCUGCAGUUGGUCAGGUCUAGGAUCAGCAACAUUAUAUGCCCAAAGAUUGAGGUCUGCUGAUGACCUGAAUAUACUGAAUGACCAAGUUGAAGGCAAGGUUGAAUGCUUGGAGGUGGAGAAUAAGACCUUUCUUCCCUCAGUCAUCAUGGGAAACAUCAACUCUCUACCCAACAAAAGUGAUGAGAUGGAGAUAUUGGUGAAGUCUGAGAAAGCAUACCGUGAGUCCAGUCUCCUGUGUUUUAUUGGAGCCUUGUUGAAUCAAAAUAACUUUUUUGACUCCAGCGUGGAUUUACCUGGCUUUACUCUCAUAAGAUCAGACAGAGAUGCUAAAGCUUGUGGCAAGAAGAUUUUGUUCCAAGAGAAUUCAGUCAUAUCAUAACAAUACUUGUUUACAUCCCACCCAAGGCAAUGGCUGAAAUUCUGCGCAAUGUUUUACAUGAUACAGACUCAGCACCCUGAGGCACUAAUAAUAAUAUCAGGAGACUUCAACCAUGUCACCCUCUCCUCUCACCUGACUGGAUUUACACAGUUUGUUAACUGUCCUAUCGGAGUAAAAAAAAAAAACCUGGAUCUGCUGUAUGCCAAUGUCAAAGAACUUUACAGAGCCACUGCCUUACGACCACUGGGCAGUCAGAUCAUAACUUGGUCUAUCUGCAGAGCUGUUACAGACCUCGUGUACCGAUGCAGCCUGCGACUUUAAGGCCCCCUGUUAGGGCAUUUUUCAUCAAGUUCAAAUCGGUCCAAGAGGUCCCACUAAAGUAAAUUUAAAGUUUUUUGUCUAAAACACCAGUUUAUCUGUGGAUAUCAGCCAGCUUGUACCCCCCUCUAUUUGAGUCCACUGAGAACAGGCUGUUUCUGUGCCUGUGCCUUAACAUUUUUUAAAAUUUUUAUUUAAUCUUUAUUUUAUCAGGCAGUCUCAUUGAGAUCGGGAUCUCUUUUACAAGAGAAGCCCGAGAACAAGGAAAAUUCACAAUCAACACAGCACAACAAACAAGAGGUAAAAAAGGAAUCAGUUAAAACAGUUAAAGCGAUUAUUGUAAACAUCAGAUCACAGGUAUUUAAAAUUUCCAAGUUGAAUGAGAGACUCCAGUUUAAGAGCAGUUUGCAGCUCAUUCCAUUUAAAAGAAGCAUUGGUAUAUGGAAUAUCUAAGGUCGGAUAGUUACUGUGAUCUGUGGCUACUAGGUUUAAAUAAAAGAAAAGAUGUUAGGUAGCUGGGAAGCUUCAGCAGAAGAGCUUUAUCGAUGAAAAACAUGAGAUGGAUGUCUUUUCCCGACUGUAAAGAAGUCCAGCCAACCUUUUGAUAGAGGUAACAGUGAUGAGUGCGAACUUUGUCAUUAGUGAUGAGACGUAGUGCACUAUGAUAAACAGGAUUUAACUGCUGAAUAGUUGAUGGUAGAGAUGCACCAAUAAAUCGGCCGGUUUUAUAUCCAACCGGCCCCAACUGGUGACCGGCCGGUCACUGUCGUAAUUUGCCGGUUUUCCCUGAGCAAACUGACACUCAUGCGCGGUGCGUAUCAGCCCAGAGCAAAACUGCUAAAAAUUAGCAAGACUCAGGAGGAAAACAUGUCGGUGAUUUGACACUGUGUGCCAGAGCGACCCAAAACACACUGUUUGUAAUGCUUGCACGUCAAAAGUCAGCCGUGGAGGAUCAACGCCUAAGACAUUUGGAACAACAAACUUAAUACGCCACUUGGAAAAGAAGCACCCAGGCUUGUUUAGCAAAUAUAAGGAAUACACUGCCACUAAGAGGAGGGAUGCAGCAGAGUCGCAGCGACCACAACAACAACCCUCCGCCGUGGCUCCUAUGUUCGACAUCAGCACUGAAAAGUCCAAAGCCACCACUAGGAAAAUAAUGGAGUUCGUGGCACUGGAGGACCAGCUGUUUAGCGUAGUACAGGAUAAAGGCUUCGUGAAUCUGAUGAAACACCCUACUUGGUAAUUUUUACCGUGGACUCAGGUGUUUAACCAGAUUUACGAAGCCUUUUCAGUGCUGAUGUCGAAUAUAGGAGCCACUGCGGAGGGUUGUUGUGGUCGCUGCGACUCUGCUGCAUCCCUCCUCUUAGCGGCAGUGUAUUCCUUAUAUUUGCUAAACAAGCCUGGGUGCUUCUUUUCCAAGUGGUGUAUUAAGUUUGUUCUUCCAAAUGUCUUAGGCGUUGAUUGGUACAAACUACCAAGUAGGCGGUACUUUUCUGACACAGCGCUGCCAGAGUCGGUUGAGAGAGGUACUGGAGGGGUAGUCAAUAAAUUACAUUGUACCAGGCAAAUGCUGGGACGUUUUUGAAUGUUGUUUGAAUGUAAGUUAGUUAUUGACCUGUAAACUGGACUGAAUGUUAUGGUCAGUGUUGAAAAUAAAUCUGCUCAGGAGGCGCUCUCACUCUAUUUCUUAUUUGUGAGGUUUUAUUCUUGAAAAGGGGGGUUAUGAUAGCAUAUAGCCUACCAUUAGUUGUGCUUUUAAUUGCAGUUAAGCAAAAUGUUGUCUGGGAGAGGGGUACUUAAAUUAAAAUUGGGAAAGGGUACUCAAGCCAAACAAAUAUGGUGUCUAUUAUAUGAUUUUAAUUAUUUCUCAGAUAGAAAAUCGGUAUCGGAAAAAUCUGUUUUAGCAGGUCAGACCUCCUUUAAAACCGGAAAUCGGUAUCGGCCAAGAAUAUUGCAAUCAGUGCAUCUCUAGUUGAUGGGGCUGCAUGGCAAUACAAGAUGUCACCAUAAUUAAGGACAGACAUAAAGGUGGAUUGUACAAUGAUUUUCUGGUUGGACGGUGAUAGACAGCCUUUGAUUCUGUAUAAAAAGCCUUAUUUAAUUUUUUAUUUUUGAGUUAAUUUCUGAAUAUGAGUCUUGAAAGAUAGAUUACUGUCUAGCCAAAUUCCUAAAUAUUUGUAAGAAUCAGUGAGGGCAAUUCUUGAACUAUUUAGGGUCGUGAUUGUGGGAAGGUCACAGAUUCUAAUGGUGGAUGAUGUGGAGAAGAUCAUGCAUUUUGUUUUUUCAGCAUUUAAAGCUAGUCUGUGAUUACGGCGAGAUAAUUGAAAAAAGUCAAAGGCAGUCUGUAAAUUGGAGAGAGCUUGGGCUGGGGUAGAACAGGGGGCAUAUAAAAUACAAUCAUCAGCGAAAAAAUGGACGUUACAAUAUUGGAUUGGUAGAAUAAUAUUAUUGAUGUAAAGUGUAAAUAGCGGUGGACCAAGGAUAGACCUCUUUAUGAAAGUGAGUGGACUAGAUUGAAAACCAAACAGUCUGAGUUCUGUCAGAGAGGUAAGAAUGGAACCAGUUAAUUGAAGAGCUAUUUCGACCUAUGCACUGUAAUUUGUGAAGUAAGAUUUUAUGAUCCACAGUAUCAAAUGCUUUGGAGAGGUCGAUAAGAAGAGCAGCACAAAAUUGUUUACUAUUCAGAAAGGAGACAAUGUCAUUUAAGACUGAAACUGUGGCUGUGACUAGGGCUAAAACCAGACUGUUGUGGCUGAAGUAUGUUUGAUGAAUCGAUAAGACGUAGCUGAAGAUUGACCAAUGAUUCCAGGAUUUUAGCUAAAAAGGGAAGUUUGGAAAUUGGAUGGUAGUCAUUGAGGUCAGAGAUGUCACCAUUUUUAUGUAGGGGAGUCAACGAUGAGUUUUUCCAGGAAGUUGGGAUGAUGCCAGUUGCAAAGGUUUGGUUAAAAAUGUGAGCUAAGAGAGGACUGAUGAAAUGAGCACUUAGUUGAAGGACGUAUGGUUGGAGACGAUCUGCACCUGUGUUUUUGGAAGCCUUAAACCUACAUAGAAUUUUGAAAACAUCAGUUCUGCUAACUGAAGUAAAAGAAAAUUUAGGUUAUGGUAAGUGUUUUUGGAUGAUGGAGAAGACAAAUUACUGUAUAAAAGACCAGAAGAUAAGAAGUGAUUGUUAAAGAUUUCAACUAUGGACAAUUUAUCUCAAGUAUAACCAGAUGCUUGUUUAAUAUGUAGAGGGAGCUGAGAGCAUGAAGGAUUCUUAUGAGAUGCCAUUGUUUUCCAGAAUGAAGCAGAGCUAUCAGAGGCAGAGAGAGCUGAGAGAUAAUAAUUGGAUUUGGCCUUCCUGAUAAUACUGGUGCUAAUGUUUCUUUUUUGUCAAAAAACUAACCAGUCUUCAGCAGUACCACUAGAUCUAGCCUUGGAGCACGUUUUAUCUCUACUAUGGAUGACGUUGGCGAGUUGUGGGCAGAACCAGGGACUGUAUCUGUAUCUGUAGGAAUAAUAUUAAAAGAAUGCGAAAAACGUGCCAGUGCCUCAGAAGGGUCUGUUAUAGCGAAGGUGUCAUUUAUGUUUGAAGUAGAUAAAUCAAUAAGAAAGAUGCAGGCAAUAGGACAAUGAUCACUGUUGUCAAGUGGGAAAACUCUGGAAGCAGUGUAAUUGUGUGGUCUGUUUGUAAGAAUAAUGUCAAGUAAAGUGGAAUGGAGAGGAUAGUUUAAAUUUGGUCUGGUGGGUUUGUCUAUAAGUUGAGUCAAGUUGAGUUCAAGACACAGUUCUGUCAACUUUUUAGAGCUGUCAGAGAGCCGGUUCAGGUUUAAAUCUCCCAUAACUGUUAAUUAUGAUGUGAUGUAUUGAGAGAGGACCUUACCAAUGUCAUCAACAGCAUCAACAUGAUAACAUGAUAGUCAUUUCCAAAACAUAAAUCCAGCACAAUAUAUUCAAAGCUUUUAAGAACAGACGAUGAUGAUAGUUCAUGUACUGUUAAACAGUCUUUUACAUAAAUUAAAAGUCCUCCUCCUUUGCUUUUACGAUCACAUCUAAAAAUAAUAUAGCAGUCUAUUAGGCAUGUGCCGAUAUGGAAAAUUUGAUAUCACAAUAUUAAUGGCCCGAAAUAUCAGGAUUCAUGACAGCCGCGUCGCCAGACAGAUUUCACUGGGGCACAGGCCCCAGUAUUGAUCUGCAGUGCCCCAGUAAAAAUUUCACAAAUAAAAACAAAUCACUUCAGAGUGUUAAGUAUACACAGCAUAGACUACAGCGCAUAUGCUACUUAGUAUGGUAAUUCAGUGCUACUGUAUUCACCCCACAUAAACAAUGCGCACAUGGCUAAUUAAUAUGGUAUUUAUUCACAUGUAGCGACUUCAGUUGAUGAUACUUCUGUGUCAACUCGAAAUCAAGACAGCGAUGAGAAUAACUGCGUGAGGUAGGUAACAUUAGUCGACAACAACUUAAAUAAAUUAUAUAUUAUUUUGAUUUUGAUUUGACUCCGAGAUGAAUAUCAGAAAGUUUGUUAGGAUAAAGCAGCGAGGAAUGAGAGAGGCAAGUGAAGUCCUAGCUAGCUAGGCAACAUAAGUCUAUCUUAAAUUAAUGAUAAGUUAUCUAACGGUUUUCCUUGUAUCAAUACAACCAUAUUAAUUUGCUGUGUGAGCUGUGGGGGGAAUUUCCAGUGAGUUUCAUCAGCAUGAAACAUUAUGUUGGUUAUGGUCUGCUGGUUCUGCUCAGGACCUCUGCUUCAAUGAUGAUUUUGAGUAAGCUUGUGUUAGUUGACAGAUAUAGCCUAUGGAUGGUGCAGUGGUUCUCAAAGGGUCUAUCUUCAGGAAGAAAAACAUUUUUCCCUAUCAUCAAGUCGUGAGCCAACUUUUUAAACCAUUCAAGUUUAUUUCACAGAAAAAUAGCACAGUAGACUGGGGUGCUGUAUUUUAUUUUUUUUACUUUUGUAAAUGUUCAAUUUGCAGAUGUUUACUUAAAUAUUUCAAAAAGAUUCACUGCUCUUCCUUUUCGCUUUUAUCAGUAGUGGUUUAAAAGUCCAGAGUGCACAAGUAGGCCAAAUGCAUUGCCACAGUACAUUUUAGGUGGUUAAUCAAAGAUCUAGACAACAACAUAGUCUGAUACGACUGAAUAGUUUUAAGAACUAUUUGUUUUUUUCGCGCAUUCUCAUGAAUCUUUGUGCCCCAGGUGUGCCCCAGUACAGUAUUAGGUCUAGUGACGCCCCUGAUUCACGAUAUUAUCAAGAGAUUAGCGCAUGGCUUCUAACGUUAUUAAAAAUAGCAAAAAACUGCGAAAUCAUUUCUCUGUGCACAGCAUGACACGCACAAACAAUAUGAGCAAGAGGCAGCUAACAUGGCGUUGGGAGCAUCCGCUUUUUUGGGCUUAAGUAAGCAGAAACGUCACAAACGUUGUCAAUAAUAAGCAGUAGAGUAGACCAAACUUGUUGCGGUCAUGUUGUUUUCACCUCGAUUUGGGCGAAUGAUGCUGGAUGGUGUUCACGGAGGUGGGCACAUAGGUUUGAAGUGUUUGAGACAGCGCUGCAACUUCCUUACAGCAUAAUCUGAAGAUUGGUGUCAGGUUUACCUGCUCCGUCUGUUUUGUGAAGCCGUAAAAUGCCCAUACUGCCGACGAAACCUUUUUAAUAGGAGGAUACACCAGAGGAGUUUCAUCAUUCUUAGUCUCCGACUGUACUUGUUCUGGUGUUAUGCCGUAGAAUGCACCCCUGCCGUUGAAUGCACCCCUGACGGGAGCGCGGUUGAAAGUACAUAACAAGGCGAAAUAAUCCAAGUUUCCCUUAACAUUGGGUGGAUUCAAAAGCGUGUGCCUAUAAUGAUUUCAUUCAGACAAUUCAGAUAAGCCGAAAACAAUAGCCCUCUGGUUCUGAAUAUUGGCUGUCAUGAAAAUAUAAUGCUCUCUACCUUGACAGCUUACUGUACAGUUUAUGUACCCAAGUACAUCUCUAUAUGUGCAUUUUUGGGACACAUAAAAACAGGACGUAAGUUUGCUGCUCCAUUUGACAUGUUGUCAUGAUCUAAUACUCGUGUUUUUAAAAAUAUCAGAUCAUAUCUCCUCCACUUUAAGAAGCUAAUGAGUGGAUGGGAUGCAUUGUGGACACGCUCCAACAGUGCUUUGGGUGGCCGCAAUGCAUUGUGGGUGGCCACGCAUUUUGUUGUAAAAUUUCUUCAUUUUCCCUUUAAUGUUCCCAUUUUUGUUAGGCUGGCAUCAAUGUACUUAAUUUGAGAGUUUUUUUGGAACCACCUUUCUGGUGGUUUGUUUGUACAUUUUGCUACCGAGGCUUUGACAUCGUGGGCAAGACUACAAGCGGGUUAGGUUAGUUAGUACCCGGCUUCGCUUGCCUCCGCUGAGUAAUGCUGCCACUUGUCUUUAAAUUAAAAUUUUGGAACAAUUAUUACAGUACCUCACGAUUUCAUCAUCGCGGUCGUUUAAUAUUGCAUAUCCCGAUUAAAUCAUAUAUCGGCACAUCCCUACCGUCUAUGCUUAUGUUGUCAUUUCAUAUUUUGGAGGAGAGCCAUGUUUCGGACAGUAACAUCUGGUGAGGUUUCAUGAAUGAGAAUGUUAAUAUUGUCCAUUUUUGGGAGCAGACUUCUAAUAUUGAGGUGUAAGAGAUUUAAAGUCCUGAGAUGUUACAAGUGUGGUACGGUCUGAGGUGGUGGUAACAGAUGGACAAGCAGGCAACAUAGAAGCAUUAGAAACUCUGUGUGAGACAUAUGAUGGUCAGCUGCUGUGCUUGGGCAAGUGGUCAAGUUUUUCUUUAGCAUGGUGUUGCUUUUUACUGAUAUUCAAGGACCAAGGGUGGAGUUACAAAAUUUUGGGUUGGUAAGGAAGUGACCAUGAGGUGCCUUGGGCUUAGCACCCUCUAGCAGGGAACGGGCUUCAUUGCCUCCAUAAAUGAUAAUGAUUGCAGCGAAAGCACUAGUCAUAGGGGCAGUGGUAAAGCAACAUAAAAUGGUAAAAGUAAAAUCCAAGAUGGAGGCGCAGUGCAUCAACAGUAAGGAGUAACAUUGAAAGCUCUGGUAAUGUAUUAUUUAUUAGCACUUCUCUUUUGGUUUUGCAAAAUUAAAUAAGUGGUAUAUGUUGUACUACCCAACGUCCAACUGUAAACACAGUGCUAUGGUGUUUGUAAGAGUAAAAUACUGUGUUAUGCGUUGUGUAUAACUGGUAUAGCUAACAACAGCUGACAACCGCUAACAACAACUGACAACGGCUAAUGACAGCUCACAAUUGUUAACUACAGCUCACAAUUGUUAACAGCUAACAGCUUUUUUUUCUUCUCCUUUUUUCCUUUUCUAAAUUUUUCCUUAAUUAGAAAAUAACUGCAUUAUUUGCACUUUGUCUGUGAUGCUGUUGUAACGACAAAACAAUUUCCCCCAUGGGGGAUCAAUAAAGGAAUAUUCUAUUCUAUUCUAUUCUAUUCUAUUCUAACAGUCCAUCUUGGUUUUCCAACUUGUUUACUAACACACCGUCAACUUGGGUGUCACGUCAUUCCCAGCUAUGACUUCAACUGGAGUGCAGCAUAUGAACAUUUACAGGUUGACCGCUUUACUGAAUACAUCAACUUCUGUAGAGACACAGUUAUACUGACGAAGACUGUUUGCUGUUUCCCCAACAACAAAACCUGCAUCACAAAUGACACAAAAGCAAUCCUCAACCAGAAAAAGAAAGCUUUUAGAGAUGUUGCAACCGUCUGAGUUGUUCCUUGUCAUCAAGAGUUGAAGAGGAGACUGAAGAUGGUAAAGCUGGAAUACAAAGAGAAGAGAGAGAGGAAUUUACAGCACAGCCACAUCUGUGAGGUGUGGAGAGGAAGCAGUACCAUCUCUGGACACAACAAUGAAAAGAAAAGACAGCGAAUAGUAGAUGAUGUGGAAAGAGCUGAUGAACUUAACAUGUUCUUCAACAGAUUUCACACUGUUGUCACACCCACUUCCACUGCUACUCCACCUUCCUCUCCUCAACAUAUUGAAAUCUUAACUACAACUUCUCCCCUUCCUCUUUCAUCUUGUUCCGAUGUCUCAACUGUUGCAGCUUCCUCCCUCCUAGUACAUCAGUCCUUGUCUGUCACAGAAAAAGGGGUCAGGUUGGAGCUUGACAGACUGCCCUGGGAAGGAAGCUGGCCUGGCUGAAGUAUGUCCAAGGCUGCUCAAAGACUGUGCUGACAGUCCUCAAAGACAAAGGAAAUGAUCAUAGGCUUUCACAGAUUCAACCCGCUUCUUCAGCCAGUGAACACCUGGGGUUGUGGACAUUGUAUAAAUAUUUAGGUGUAUACCUGUAUAAGUUAGACCAGUCUAAAAACUUAUACUUCAUCUUAAAAAAGGGGCCACCCUUUAGCCUGAGAAGACUCCAAUCAAUAGACAUGCAGAUGCUGCACGUUUUAGCCAUCUGUGGUGGAAAGUGUUCUAUGCAGCAUGGGGAGACAGUAUCAAACACAAAGAUUCAAGACACCUGAACAAACUGGUGAAAAAAGCUGGCUCUGUGGUUGGACUCAAGUUGGACACACUGGAGGAUGUGGUGGAGAGAUGCACACUGAGGAAGGUGGAGACUAUUCUAAAAAACAUGGAUCUUCCACUUCAUAGCACCGUGGACCAAACGACCAAUGAUAGUGGAUGGCUCCUCUCAUUGAGAAGCAGAACAAAGACUCAGAAGAUCUUUUGUACCCACAGCCAUCAGACUCUACAGCUUGACUGUAAAUAAUAGAUGACAUAAAACUUGACAUGAAACCCAGACAAUUGGAUUUCUCCUUAGGGAUAAAUGAAGUUCUUAUAUUAUCACCUUAGUUUAGGUUAGGUUAUUCCAUUAAUGGAUAUUUUUCUUCCGUGAUAGAAUGGGUAUGUUCAAAAAUAACAAUGCCAGGAUUCAUUCAGCUCAAAUUGUAAAGGAGUGAUUCAGGCAGCAUGAGACAUAAUUUUCACACAUGGAUUGGCCACCACAGAGUCCAGACCUUAAUCUUUGGGAUCCACUUGAGAUGGCUUGGAGCAGUGGUCGGACUCUCCACUGAAAUAUUAGUGUGUGAUUUUUUUUUGGCCAGGCAGUGUUUAUAUUCUUAAGAUAUCAACAAGUAGUAGUGUGUCUACAAUCUGUUUCCAACACUUGAAUACACUUGUGUACAGCCAAUUUAUGUAAUCUGUCAUUAUGUGUUUACAAUUAAUGCAUCAUUUUUUUAACAGCAGUUGUAUCUUCUGACAUUUUCUAAUCUGCUGAUAAACAAAAUUAAUUGGGAUGCAUUCUGAUACCAUGCAUCCCAAUUAAACUGAAAAAAAGUGUGGUAGUAUUGAAAUGUUCAACAUUAUCGUGUAUAGUUUCCCCUCUCUAACCCACAUGUUGUUUUGCACAGGAUCGUGUAGAGGCAGUCAACAUGGCUGAAGGCAUCAUCCAUGAUACAGAGUCCAAGAUGGAGGAGUUCAAGGACCAGCUGCCUGCUGAUGAGGUAAAAUGUUUUGAGCUUAAAUCCUCAAGAUUUUCCAAUGUGCUAAAAAGAUCAGAAAAAAAGUUUAAAUGAACACAGUUAAGAGUGCUUAACAUUUUUAGUCCUUGCUUAAUUAGACUUGUUAAGUUUAACUUGUAAAUUUUCAGAUUUGUCUUUCUUCAUACAGUUAUGCAAACCUUGGUUCUUGGAUACAGCUGUUUAAAAAUUAGACUGUCUGUGAUAACUUCUAAUUCUCUGAUUUCUCUGCUUUAAGUGUACCAAGCUGAAGGAGGAGAUCACAAAGGUUCGGGACCUUCUGGCCAACAAGGAGUCAGAAACAGGAGAGAAUAUCAAACAGGCAGCCACCACCCUGCAACAGGCAUCACUCAAACUCUUUGAAAUGGCCUACAAGAAGGUAAAUCUAACAAAACUUUACUGUUCAAUAUUGUAUUGUAUUUAUUUUUUUAAAUGGGAACAGUACAUAUUGAUAAACAUUUACAUGUAAAUAUGUGGGAUUAUAGCCAAAUGGUUAAUUUCCAUCCCCAGUACCAUUGGCAGGUUGAUGUUAAACAUAAAAGCAAUACUGUUAAAAGUACAAAUAACAUGACUAAGACAGUAAAACAACACACUGACAACAUACACAUAAUAUACAUAAACAAUGUACACAGACCAAAAACUAUGUGACCAAUAGUAAGGGGACCAAAAAGGUUAAGUUCGCUUUCACACCUGACCAAGCGGACUCUGUUCGAUUGGGGAACUGAAAGUAGCAACAUUGUUGCAUUUUUCACUUGUUUCGGUUCUGCUUUCACACUGUGAUUUCUAAAGUGCACCGAACUUAAUGAGCAGCAUCAAGUGGUUGAAAGGGGCACUCGUUGAUUGGACAAAGUAGGAGGGGUAUGUAACCUCACGGAUUACAAACAGAGGUGGACUAGCCAUCUUGUAUUGUGCUUAGUCAAAUUAUUUAAUGGAAUGCUGCAACGUUAGUGAACGCAACUAUUCCUAUAAUACUACUGAGCUUGUCAGUGAUUGAUCCUGUUAUUUUUCUAACUUUAACAAUCUAACAUGUGACAACAUAUGAGCUCAGAGUUUAAGGACUGUGACUGUUGGUAGUUGUGAUUUGAUUUUGUUAAAAUAUGCCAAAUUGUGAAUUUAUGGGUUAUUGUUGUUCAGACAAUUGAGCUAAGCUAGCUAGCAACUGCUAAUGUCAGUGGUCACAUGUUGCCAUAGCAACAAGUGACGCCGUGCUUCCUCUACCCAAGAUGCACUGGGUAUGCACUGCGUAUAGCGUCAUUAUGUACAUUUGGUCCAGUGUUUAGUCCGGUGAGCUUUUACACUGCAUACGAACCAGGGUUCACUUGCAAGCGAACCGAGACCCACGUUUUCAGGCAGACCAGAGUUCGGAUGAGCUUUCACACCUGCCCCUACACCAGCGGACUAUCCGACGAAAUGAACUCCGGUCCAUUUUAAGUGGACCAAACAGCUCUGGUGUGAAAGCGACCAAAAAGAGAAUUCUUAAGUGCUAAAGUGCUAAUUAAAGUGUCAUGUGCUAAAGGUGUUUAAAGUGCCAUUUGCUACAUUACAGCUUGUUGAAGUGACGAGUGCAUAAGUGCGAAAUUACAUUGAAUUGCACGAUAACCAUAGCACACGAUUACACUAGCAGAUGAACCUCUAAAAUUGCACAUGGUUUGUAUACACAUAUGUAUUAUGUAAACUUCUAGUAACACAUUUGCAUAUAUGAAUGAGAAUAUGUAUACCAGAACAAAUUAAGAGUGGUACCCCAAAGCAAUUGGCCAUUUAAUCGUGACAAACAAUUUUUAGACAUGAUUAUGAUGGCAGAUCUGGUUUUCCAGCAACCAUGACUUGAGGUGUCUAGUAAAAGAAGUGAGGGUUGGGAGUUCAUGUAUGGUGCUAGGUAUUUGGUUCCAGGAUUGCAAUGCACAAAAGGAGAAUACAGCUUGACCAAAAGCACUUUUCCUAAGCGGCACAACACAGUCACCUCUAGAGCUUGCUCUGGUUGAUCUGGUUGGAUUUUUUUAAUAAAUUCUUGAAGUUGAGGUGGAGCUUGACUAUGAAUAAUUUUGUAGAUCAAUCCAGAGUCUGUGUACUAGGGCUGCACGAUAUAUCGUCUAAGCAUUGUCAUCGCGAUGUACGUUUGUGCAAUAGUCACAGAGCAGAGCCUGCAAUGUAAGAGGCAAAUGAACUCAAUUAGUUUCAAGGGUAACUGACUGAGAUACACUGCAUGUGCUUUGCAGCGAUCCACCAAUCAUCUUCGUUCUUUACUCAGUUGCCAAUCAGACUCAGUUCUCAGUUGCCAAUUAGACUACCCUGCCAGCUGUAAAUUAAAUCAGAGAGGAGGAAACCCACCCCUGCACAUGUUCUGCACAUGGAGUGAGUCGCUGGAGCUACCGGAAUUGAGCCGAGAAACGCGUGUCUGCUGAGAAUUACUUUUGGAACAUUACCCAUCACUGUUUAGCCCAACAAAAAACAAUUAUAAGGGUUUACAAUUGUACAUUUCCAUGGACUACUCUACUAUAAGCAGUGCGCGUUUUGUGAGGUGCAUGCAAUUCUCGAAGGACAUGCGUUCCUCAACACUGCCCCGGUAACAACAACAACGAUCGCAAACUGAGCAACAAACAGAGAAAACCACAGAAGAUGAAGACUUGUUGCCAAAGAAGGAAAGUCAGUUCUCUGGAAUUAUUUUAGUUACAAGAUGGAUGAUGUCGACCAAAACACAUAUUGUGUUCAUCUGUUGCCACAACAACGUCCCAGCACAAUAAAAGCUAAAAUAUCUCUGAGACCGACAGAAGCCAUUCUACUAACAUUCACAAAAAGGGGUAAGAUCAGCGCAGGUUAACUGUCCUCAAGACUUCAGCAGUGCAGCAUAACAUUAAGUGCUAUUCAGGUCAUCUGGUAAAAAUUCCUGUAUUUUUUAAUAUCGCAGUAUAUAUCGCAGGGUUGAAAAAAAUCGCAAUGUUAGUUUUUUCCAAUAUCAUGCAGCCUUAACGUGUACUUAAUAAUGUUGUCAAAUUUUAGUCGCCCAUGCUUCUUCAGUAUCAGACAGUGAUGGUACAUAUUAGGUUUUCUAUCAAGUACCUUUAGGGCCUGUUUAUGGACUGUUUCAAUUGGCUUCAAAGCUGUCUUACAAGCUGUUGUCCAGCUAGUUAUGCAAUAAAGCCUGUGUGACAUAAUCACUGCAUCGAGGUAUAGCUUAGCCAAUUCUGGAGUCAAGUUAUUUGUAAUAAAUCUGAAGUUAGAUAAAUUAAAUCUCAUUCUGUGCACAAUCCUUUUUAUCAAUCAGUCAAUCAAAUUUUAUUUAUAUAGCGCCAUAAGACGCUUUUCAAAGAACAAGAGCAGGUCUAGACCACGCUCAUUGUUUGAUGAUCAAGAACCAACCUAAGAUGGGUUUUGGCCCAUCUCAACUAACACGAGUAGCAGUGGCAAGAAAAAACUUCCUUUUAACAGGCAGAAACCUUGGGCAGGACCAGCCUCAUGUUAGACAGCCACCAUACCGCUGCUGGGUUGGGGAGGAAUGUAGAGAGAUGGAGGGAGAGAGAGGAGAGACAUGGAAGAGGGGAGAGGGCAGGGGGAGAGAGAGAGAACAAGAUAAGGGGAAGGAGAGAGAGAAUGAGUAAGGAGAGGGAGGAGGAGGGAGAGAGAGUCGAGAACGAGGGGGAGAGAGAGACAGAGGACAGCAGAAACAACAGCAGCUCAUGUAAUGGUGAAACAAAAUGAGUUCAGUUUACAGGGUUAGGAUAUGAGUGGUUAUAAAAAAUGUUAAAUUAAUUAAAUGUGAUUACAGUCAGCAGGCCUCAUCGUAGUCAGUUCUAGUUUUAUGUUAUUAAUUUCAGUAAGGCUGAUGUUCAUGUCUGUAGUAGAAGUCCAGAGGAAUCCAGGAGAAGAAGGAGCUCAGGGCCUGAGGUGGACAAUCAUAGGCGAUGCAGCUAACAGCCUAGAGGAAUCCAAGAGAAGAAGGAGCUCAGGGCCUGUUGCGUGGUUCACCUGCGGCCAUCUUGCUCGUGUCCCUCAUUACAACCAUUAUUAGGGAUUAGCACCAGAUGAAGAGGUGUUAGUUUUUGAUUUUGCACAAUUAGUUGCUGUCAGUACUUUAGUCUGGAUAAAAGAGGGGACAGAUUUAACAUGACAGGAGUUAUGUGGUAAUUAUGAUAAAGUUACAGAAAACAAAGAGGAACUGAAAAGAAAGAAAUCUACUUUUUGGAUGAAUCUAACCCAGUAUAAUGAGAUAUUGCUUAGAAAAACAAAGUACAUCAUGUUCUUGUAUUGGCCUUAUAGUAACCUCAAUUCAAUUUUCAAACGCCGAAAGACGUUUCAGGAUGUCUUAAAUGCAUGUGUUGGGUGACCCUCCACCCAUAAUCAGAAUCGGCUUUGGCUGUUGAACCACCUGUGUUUACUGUUCCUUAGAUUAAAUAUUGGUCCUGGUAUCCUGUGCUUCCUGUCUGUUGUCACUGUCAUGCCUUUUUAAAAUUGCUCGAUCCCCUCACUCAGAUUGUGUUUUAUUACAAUCCUGCAAAUUUGAAUGCACAGACAUUCACCUUUUAAUUUCAAUUUUCCUGCAUUUUUACGAUUGCUGUUUUAAAAAAAUGUUUUUUUAAUCUUAUAUAUAUAUGAAAUGCAUUAUCUAGCCGUAAACACAAAAUCUUCCAGUACACAGCUCUCACUUUCCUUCCUGCAGAUGGCAGCAGAGCGAGAGGGCAGCAGCAGCAGCAGCAGCUCAGGCUCAUCAGAGGGAGAGAAGAAAGAAGGCCAGCAGUAGAGCCUUUGCGCUUUUGUGUCAUUAGGUUUCCACGACAACAGAGGACUGUUGGACUCAGGGUUUCGACUUGGUGGGGAGGGGGUCGCAGCCAUGAGUAACAAACUGAAUCUUAGUCAUUCUCACCAAAAUAAAUUAUUCUACUGUGUUUUUGCAGUAAAAUACUCUAGAUCAAUGUCCUUGUAUGCUCCUCCAUGUUCUAUAAUGUUCUGUUUGUAAUUUAAUUGUCUCAUAAACAAUGCCAUGUAUGUUUAUUUUUACACAGCUGAAAAUUUACAUUGGGAGGUAGUAAAACUUAUUUGUUUGUCGACGACAUCUUGUAGGUUUCAUGUUUUUUCCCCUCUUUGUCAUCUUAAGCUGUUCACAUUGUUCAUGUUAGCACCGGAAGAGCCAAGUUCAGGGGCUUUGCUGCAGUAAAUAAUAUUGUGCAGUGCUCUACACUGAUAAUAGCCACAGUGGGAGGAUGAAUUUUUAUUCAUUUCAUCAAUGUUAUUCUUAAAAACCGAGUCAGAUCUGUUACUGAGUAAUUGUACAGGGACAGAGGAAAUAUAAUUAGAUAUGAAGUCUGAGUGAGGAUGAAGCCAGACUUUAGUUCUUUUUUCUUUUGUGUGUGACAGAUUAGGAUGGACACCCCUAAACUGAGACAGAGUUUAAAUCUUUGCAUCCUUGUUCUAAGCGUCCAUCCUAAACAGAGCUGACUGCGAAUAACUGAAGGUACCUAUGGUGAAUCUGGAUGUUUGAAGUUGUAUAACAGAGGAUGAGGCCAAAGUCCUCUCUUUUUUCAGACACAUAGCAGGAGAAAAAGUUGGCCAAGUUGACAAGUUGGCCAUGUCAUUAACCUUCAGAAGAACAUUUUGCCAUAUACUUCUUUUCCUUAAUUUAUGGACUGUGAUUGUUGCUGCAUGCUAGCCUGUCUGACUGAUCCAGGCAGGAGGCACCAGAUUGAAUUAGGGGAAGGUGUUCUUUAUAUAUUUUUCUUGAGGUUGUGAUUAUCUUAUGGAGUGAAAAGUUAGGGUCAUGGUAAGUAUUGGUUUCUAAUAAAAAUCUUAAAUGUGACAA